CCUCAGAAGAUUUUCCGUUUCUCAUCUAAAAUAAGUUUUAUUUAUUUAAUUUAUACACACAUAUACAUACAUACAGUAUAUGUGUCGCGGCACUUUGAAUUAAAUAGUUUUACUUUUUGACAAUUCAAUCGGGGGAAAACCGCAACUUUUACAUUUGUGUACCGUUAAGUGUACGACUAAUUUGUGUUUUUUGGAUCCUAACGUGUCCAGAGUUUAUGUGUAUUAUGAUACCGUCAAGUGUUCCUUAAAUAGUUUUUAAAAAUUGGACCACACAAUUAAACAUUAAAUUGACUGAAAGCGUAAUAAAUUAACUGAUAAAAAGUAAAGAAAAAAACCUAUAAAAAUUCGCCAACAAAGGAACUAAUUAAGCUGCAAAAAAAAAUAAUAUUAAUAUAAAAGUAUAUCAUACGGACCUUAAGUGCAAAUAAACUCAAUUUAGUCGUGCUCGCGCGGUAAUAUGUCUGGUCAACCGCCACCGCCCUUUGGAGGGCCGCGUGGUUGGAAUCCACGUGCGCAUAAUCCCGCCUCACCGUCACCAUCGUCGUUCAUGUACCGUCCGCCGUCGCCAUGGACACCGGUUGCGCCCAGCCCGCCACCAAUCAUUUCGGGUCCGCGUUAUCCUUCCAUGCAAUCGCCGGCACCGAUGAGUCCCACGCCGUUUGCGCACGCCAUGUCGCCGGCACCGGGCCGUGGUACACGCGGCACGAAUAGCAUACCGCAUCCGCGUCCGCAAUGGCCGCAACACGUAGCGGGCAAUCAUUCGCCGGCACCAUACCAGCCACCCACUUUCCAGCCGACUUUCUAUCCCAAUCAACAAUCGGCUGUACAAUCGCCACAACUGCCGCCUAAAGUGGCGCAAUCGCCAACCGGCCCGAAACCGUUCCGUCCCAUGGCGCAUGUGCCAUUACAGCAUCAGAAUUCGUAUGGCGUUGGGCCGACGAGUUCCUUCCAAUUGUCACCGACACCAUCGCCGAUUGUUUGCCAAACACCAAAUUCGGAAUUUAUGUAUAGUAAUCGUCAAACACCGUUAUCGCAAACGUACGAAACACCACAACAACAUCUACAGCAACAGCAGCAACAUCACUAUCAACAGCAGCAGCAGCAACAACAGCAGCAGCAAUAUCCGCGACAACAGCCAACACCGAAUCAAUACGACUAUGUCGGUGUGCCACUGGAGCCUCCGCAUCCUAAAUCGUAUGUAGUUUAUGAUGAUGAAGAGGAGUUCGGCCCGUCGACAGCGGAAAUCAUAGCGAAUCAAUCCCAAGAUUAUGUCGAUGAGAAGUUGGCCGAAUAUCAGCUGACCAUUCUGCAGUUGCAAGAGGAGCAAGAACGUGUGCAGAAGAAGACAUUUACUAAUUGGAUUAAUUCGUACCUCUCGAAGCGUGUUCCACCGCUUCGUGUUGACGAUUUAAUCAACGAUUUACGCGACGGUACCAAACUUAUUGCACUUUUGGAAGUGCUUUCCGGCGAACGUUUGCCCGUGGAGAAGGGUCGCGUUCUACGACGUCCGCAUUUCCUCAGCAAUGCCAAUACAGCCUUACAAUUCUUAGCUAGUAAACGUAUUAAAUUGGUGAAUAUCAACCCGGCAGAUUUGGUGGAUGGGAGACCACCAGUUGUGUUGGGUCUGAUAUGGACCAUCAUAUUGUACUUCCAGAUUGAGGAGAACAGCCGCAACCUUGAAUAUUUGGGUCAUGGUAUCAGCGGUUCGGUUAGUUCUCUGGACAGCGUUGGCAAGAAUGUCAGCGAUCAAAAGGCUGAGAAAUGGAAGCAAGGUGCUAGGAAGACUCUAUUAAAUUGGGUUACCAAUGCCUUGCCAAAAGACAGCGGUAUUGAGGUAAAGGAUUUCGGUGCCAGUUGGAGAGAUGGUGUCGCCUUCCUAGCCCUGAUUGAUGCCAUUAAGGCGAAUCUUGUCAAUUUGGCUGAUUUGAAGAAGGCCAACAAUCGUCAACGCCUGGAAACUGCUUUCGAUGUGGCCGAAAGCAAGUUGGGCAUUGCCAAAUUGUUGGACGCUGAGGAUGUGGAUGUACCCAAGCCGGAUGAAAAGAGUAUAAUGACAUAUGUGGCGCAAUUUUUGCACAAGUACCCUGAACCAAAAGGUGCCUCACGUGAUACAUCACAUAUACAGCAGGAGUUGGACGAAUUACGUCGCUUCCUGGUGGAAAAGACUACCGAAUACGAGCCCAUGGUCAUAUCGAAUUCAUUCCCGCGUGAUUUCGCUGAAUAUCUGAUUGCACGUUCAGAGAUCGACGCCCACUUGCCGGUCUACAAUCGUCUGAAGAAGUUGAUGGAUAGCCAAAGUGGUUUCCUACAAGUGCCGCGCCCCGUUUGGGAAGACAUAAAUGCGCUGUGGCAACGUUUACAAUAUCAAAUGAACUAUUGGCUGUGGUUAUUGGAUUCUGAAUUGCCCGGCGAGUUCGGUGUGGUCGGCAAGUGGUUGGCUGAAGCCGAAAAAUUACUAAUGGACAACGAGAUACCGAACGCCAUGAAUGAGGAGACAGCAUCGGUGAUUAGUAGAAAGCUGGAGGAGCAUAAAUUGUUCUUCGCCGAUUUGCCACGCAUUCUGGCGAUGUUCGAUAAUGCCAAACGUUCACCGUUGGUACAGCAAGUGCCCAUUGAACAGUUGCGCAAUAUGGAACGCCGUCUGCAAGAUGUGGCGCCGAGGGCGGCUGAGCGUAGAAUACGCCUGAAAUUCCUCGAACACAAGUGCUGUCUAAUUGCUUUCCUCAAUUUGGUUGAGAACAAGAUGAAGGGUUGGACCGGCAAAUAUGGCUACGAGGAGAAGGUCAGUCAACAACUGGAACAAUAUAAGAAUUUCGUGUCGCGCAACAAAAUCUUCCAAGAGUUCCAGAAAGCAUUCGUCGAUAUGCAACAAGUGGUGGACGAAUACAAGCGCGAUGGCAAUGUGCCGCGCAAUGAUAUAACAGAAAUCGAUCGUUUCAUGUAUGAGACUGAAGAACGUUGGAAACGUGUCUCCAUGGAACUGAAAUGUUGUCAAAACUCGCUGGAGGAGGUUGUAAGCUGUUGGAAAACAUGGAAUCAGCUGGCCCCAACUUGUGAAGAGUGGCUGAACUUGGCCGAAACUAAACUGUCACGUUCCGAAGAUGAACGUUUAGAAUUCUUCCAAGAUAUCACCACAUGGAAGGACAAAUUCGAUACACUUGCCAAUGCGGCCAACUAUUUGAUUGCCUCCUGCGAAGAUGGCAUUGCCAAUAAUCUACGCCAGAAACAUGGCAAUUUGUCGGAACGCUUUGAGCGUCUCUUCGCCAACACCAAACAAUACAUGCACGCCGGUGAUAUUAUACGUGCACGCAAUGAAUACAAGUCCGGCAUUGAGAAGCUCUCGCAGUGGCUGCGUCAUGCCGAACAAGUGCUGGAGCAGCGUCAAAUGCUCGGCAACACGCAGCAAAUUACCAAAUAUGGCGAGGACUUGCAAAAGUUAGCCAGCGAGAUUGACGACAAUGAGGAGCUCUUCAAGACAGUCAGUCGUAACUUCCAGGGUCUUAUACAGGAUCUACCACGCGAGGAAGUUGAUAAAAUGAUGAAGUUACUGAAACAGGAGAAGGAGUCCUUAGUUCGUAUACGCGCACAAAUACCAGCCAAACUGCACCUCUUCCACCAGCUGCUCAUACAACAGGAGUCACUCGAAGCGGGCCAGAAAGAAAUACAUCAAUGGCUCAACGACGCUGAGACCUUGUUGAGCACACAUGCGUUGUCUGGUGGACGCGAUGCUAUCAGCGAGGAACUAAAUAAGCAUAAGACUUUCUUCUCGCGCACUGUCUACUAUCGCUCCAUGCUGGAGAGUAAGAAUAAGGUUUUCCAGAAUCUGCUGAAAUCUGUUGCCGCCGAUGAAAAUAUUGACACCUCACAGACGGCACACAACAUGCAGCAAUUGAACGAGCGUUUCAAUUACGUCAUACAGAAUGCCGAGCAGUGGGAGCAACGCUUGAAUGACGCCUCACGCGGCUGGCACGCUUUCAAGGAGAACGAACGUGUCGUCAGCGAGUGGCUGACGCAGGCGGAAUCUAUGCUUAUUGAGAAACACAUUGAGUCGAAGACAAUAAUCGAGACGCAGAAGUAUUUCUUUGAGAAUGUUAAUGAGCGCUGGAUGCACAAUCUGGUAGAGUCUGCACAGGAUUUGCUUAAAACAUUGCCAGCACAAGAGCAAAAGCCUGUUGUGGACUCGGUUGAGAAAUUACAAAACAAGUGGCAACAGGUGCUGUCGCAAGCACCAUUGCAUUUGCUGAAACUCGAGUUCCGUUUGGAUGAAUCUGCUUUCUAUCAGACAUUGCAGGAGGUCGAAAAGGAAUUGCAUCUGGAGCAACAAGCUUUGAAUCGCAACGAAGAUAUUGACUCAAUACUGAAUCGUAAUGAGCACUUCUUCCAACAACAAGGACCCAUACCGCGCAUUGAGAAGAGCUUGCAGAACAUGCAACGCAUCAGUCAAGCAUAUGGCUACCAGAAACCGACUGAUAUUAGUCUAAAUCAGGCCUACGACAAUGCCAGGUUGCAGUGGCAGCAAUUGUCUGGUAAAAUCGGCGAUAUGCGCGAGACAUUACAGCAAAUACCGGCUCAGUGGGACAGCUACCAUGAGAAGUUCAAGGAAAUGGUUGAAUGGAUGAAUAUUGUCGAUAAGAGCUUGAAGAACAUUGUCAACGAAGUGAACAGUAUGGAAGAGUUCGAGAAGGAGAAGGUGGUCUUCCAGAAAAUCUGUCAAGAAGCAGAUAACAAAAGGGAGGACAUGAAAUGGCUGGUGAAAACGCUAGACUCCUUACUUAGCUACGCCAGCGAAGAUGAGGCCAAUCUCGAACAGAAGAAACUCGAAGAUCUAAUUGCUCGCUACAAGAACCUCAUACCGACCAUCGAAAUAACAAUGGUAAAGACCGAGGUGUUCUCCAAGUGCUACACGUAUCGUCGUGAGGUGCACGAGGUUGUCUGUCUGCUUAGCAAAGUGAAGGAGCAAGCCACCAAUAUACCACCACCAGAGAGUCUUGAACGUGUCAACAAGCUGAUUGAAGAGCAACAGUAUGCCAUUAGCCAGCUUGAUCAUCAACGUCCACAUAUCAUGUCAAUGCUGCAGCGUGGCCGUGAUUUAAGUAAAGACGUGCAUGCGCCAUCUUUCGUUAAUGUCGAAGUGAAGAACUUAGAGACCGGCUGGAAUGAGGCGUACACCGAAACCGCUGACAAGCUGCAAUCACUCAAGGGUACACAAGCUGUGUGGAAUGACUUUGUCGAUCAGAAGAACGACAUCUUUUCGAUGCUGCAGACAGCGGAGACAGAGUUGCGUGCGCUAACGCCAUUGCAGACCGAUCCAAAGAAUGUUAGCCAAGAUUUGCAUGCCAAGCGUGAGCUGAACUUACAAUUGCAGCAAGCCUCCCAUCAACUACUGCCCAAAUUACACUCCUUGAAAGCCGAAUUGGCGCCUUUGGCUGCCGCUGAUAAGCGUCCCAUAUUGGAGAAGGAAGUAACCGAGGUUGAGAAGAUGUUCUUCAAUACCAUGGAACAUGUGAAAGAUCGCGUUGGUUAUCUGGAAGACUAUAGUGCCAAGUGGAAUAAUUACAAGUCCCGUUUGUCUGAGUUGCAAGAAUGGGCAAACCGUGUAGCACCGAAGAGCAUUGAGGCCUUACAGUCGGAAGACCUCACACCAGAAGAGCGCGUAGUGAAGGUGAACGCAUUCAAGGGCGUACUUGGCGAACGUAUGAAACAACUGGAUAUUUUGGCUUCGGAUGCUGCCGAACUGGCGCCCAAAGAGGGUAACAUUGCUGAGGCUAAACGUCUUAAGGGUGAAAUUACCAAAUUACAAGAGGUGCUGAGCGCUAUCAACCGUAAUGUCGAUCAUCAAGCAAAGGCUGUGCAAGAGGAUCUGGUGAAUUGGCAACAGUAUCAAACUGGUUUGCAGCAAAUCAAGCCAGUUAUUGAGGAAAGUGAAAUCAAGGUAAAUACAAUAGUUCCUAAGCCCAUUACACUUGAAGAAGCCGUUGCAUUGCAACAAAAUGCCAAACAAUUCGAAACACAAUGCCUUGAGCAGUUAGACAGACUCCAAGGCAUUUCAAACAUUAGUCAUAAAAUGCUGUGCAAAACCAAUGCCCCUGACGAGUUAGAUGCCAUGCAUUCACGCUGGACAUCAGUUCAUGAAAAUGCCAAGCAAGCCAGUGGUAAGCUGGAAAAACUGGUCGCGAAUUGGAAAUCAUUCGAUGCCGAUGCAGCCAAACUCGAAGAUUGGGUCAACAAAGGCGAGCAAGUAAUGGGCAAACGUCCAGCUGUGCUCAAUACACCGCACGUUGAUAAGCUUGAGAAGGAACUCGUUAAACUGAAGUCGUUCAAUAAUGAAAUUUCUGAACAACAGGCGAAACUCGUCGCGCUCGGUCAGUCAGCCGAUCAGAUAAGCUUGCAUUUGGCGCCAGAAGGCGCAGUUGCGCUCAAAGAUCGCGUAAAUGGCAUGAAAGCCAAACUGCAAAAGCUCUCCGAGGCCACACGGGCCAAUAUCAACGAAGUGUCGGACGCAAUUAUUGCGCGUCAAGACUUCAACGCCAAAAUGGUAAACUUCUCCAACUGGAUGGAUCAGCUGCGUAAUCAAGUCGCACAAGUUGAGGAGAUUAAUCCAGAGCGCGUUGAGACCAGUCUGCAUGUAAUACAUGCGCUGAUGCAAGAGCAUGCCGACAAGAAACCCAGUUUCAAUGCCAUUUAUGAUGAAGUGAAGCAGCUGUCACUUUCAGCGCCGGCUGAAGAAGCUAAAUCCCUUAAUGAUUCAUACACCGGUUUAGUUGUUAACUAUCAGAAUCUCGAAACCAACUUGCAGCAGAAAAAGAUUGCGCUCGAAAAGUGGACAGAGAUUCUGGGCUGGAAGAAUGAAACCGAAAGUCAUCUGAAUUAUUUGAAACAUCAGCUAGAGAAACCUGAUGGUCCGCAGCCCGAAGAGCUUAAUAAGAUUAUCAAUGAAAUCGACACAAUUGGUAGCUCAAUAAGUUAUUGGAAAGCACAAGCCAAGGACAUCGAUGAAAGCCCCGCUAUUCAGUUGCGCGACGCUUUGACACGUAAACCAUUGAUUGCCUCACAGAUUGUUAACGAUAUCGAAAACAAAUUAGAUAAUCUUAAGCUGCGUUCUCAAGCACAAAAACAACAGGCUGAACAGAUGAAUGUACGCAAGGAGAAAUUCCAAACUCUCGGUCAAAAUUUCGGUCAAGCGUUGUUGGACAAUCGUGCUAAAUUGAAUAGCAUUCUUCAACAGAAACCCGGUUUGGAUAACAUUGACCAAAUAAUCGCCGAUUUAGUCGCGCUUAACGAAGUCAUUAAAGGACAAGCAGACAUGAAGAAUCGUCUACACGAUGAAGGUUCUAUACUGAUGCGUGAAGAUAUCGCCAGUAUGCCAGCCAUACAAGAGAGUCUUCUAUUCUUCGACAAAGAUUAUGACACGCUACAGAAUGAAAUCGCCGAACGCAUACAAAAGUAUAACUUGAUUAGUCAAGCGCUACGCGAAUACGCCGAUACCAAGGAUAAGUUCGCAAAAGAGUUGAAGAAGGCCGAGGAUCUCUUCAACGCUAUACCACAGCAACCACGCGACGAAGUGGAGUUGCAACAGGCCGCAGAAAAAACACGCAAGACUAUGGAGCAAAUACGUAAGUCCAAGACGAAUCUCGAUGAUUUAGAGCGUCGUGGUAAUAAUGUGGCGAAGCUAUUUGAUGCAAUCGGUGAGGUUGUGCCACAAGAAAUAGGCAAUGAUGUGAAGACAGCCAAACAACAAUGGCAAGAUCUCCACGAUAAGACUGCAAAGAACGCACAUAUCUACGAAACGGAAGCUGUUAUUUGGUCUCAGAUCGAAGAUGCUAAGAAAGAACUUUUACCAUGGUUAAGUGAAACCAAUCAAGGUUUAUGCGAUGCCGCUGAUAAUUCAAUCGAAAUCGAGUUUGGACCAAUGCGUCUAACUAAAUUCCAUGCGGAACUGCCUUCUUACCAAGUAUUGAAGGACACUAUUGCCGAGAAGAGUCGUGAGCUUGUGAAUAUUAACAAUGGCGUGGAGAUUCCAUCUCUUACCGAAUUGAAUAAACUGCUGACUGCACAGUUCCAAGAGGUCGAUUCGAAUGCGGCACGUUUGGAAGCUGUAACCUCUACCUUUAACGAGCAAGAACAAGAUUUGCGCAAGCGGAUCAAAAAUGCCGGCGAACAAGUUAACAAAUUGCGUGAACAGUUAAUCAAAUGCGAUGACAUGUCCGGAGAGCCGAACAAAAUCAUGGAACGAUUACUUAAAUGCCGGGAAUUGCGCGCCGAAUUAGACAAUAGUGCGAAUGAAAUUGACAAUAUCAAGCAACGAGUUGAUGAGAUGCGCUCGCAAUAUCCCACUUUCAGCGAGUCUAUCAUACCCAAAGAGCUGAACAAUGUGCAAAAGCGCUUCGAGGCUGUCGAUACACACGCCAAGAAGAUCGAGUCAUCACUUUUGCAAUUCCUUAAGAAAUUCCAUGCCGAUAAAGUGAGUAUGCUAAAGCGUAUAAUUGCUACCCAACGCGAAAAGGUCGCAUGGUGCCAACCAGAGUCGACGAGUGACAAAUACAAUUUGGAUGUGAAACGCUCGUCACUUUUGGAGGUGAGCAAAGCGAUUGAUGAUUGUCACAAGCGCAAUGCCGAUAUUGGCAAAUCUCUGGAACUACUAACAGCUGUGGAAUCGUCACAAAACCUGAAAGACCUGCAAAAGGACGCGCAAUUGUUGAACGGCGAAAUGAAAGCACUGCAAGACAGUUUCGAUAAAAUCAAAAAUGUGCUCGAUGAAAACGUAGAUUUAUGGUCGCAAUAUGAGCAAUCCAAUGAAGAGCUCUCCGCCUGGUUGCGUGAUGUUGAGGGACGCAUCAAAGCCGAGACUAGCAAUCAAGUCAAUGUGCCUGAAAUCGAGAAGAAAUUGCAAGAACUCGCAUUGUUACAACAGGAUAUUGCGGCACAUGAGCCGGUUGUGAAGAAUUUGGAGAAGACUUCGCAGUUGCUGAUGGAGAAAAAUCCUGAGGCACGCAUUAGCCAGUUUGUCACGCAUUUGUUGCAGCGCUACCAGACUGUGGCGAAAAGCUUGGCCGGCUACGUUGACAAAGUGCAUAAUGCCCAACGUGCGAAUAACAAUUUCCUAACUGCCACUAAAGAAUUCAAUGAUUGGCUGUCUGAUGCCAAGAUUGAAUUCCAGGAAUUGGCGCGUAUGGGCUCACCCGGCUCAUCUUCGGCCACUGCACAGCAAUUGCAGACAAUUAAGAAUUACUUGCAGACCUUCGAUAAUGGACAAAUUCUAUUGAAUAAUGCUGUGGAUAUCGGCGAAGCAUUGUAUCCCAUUGUAACACCGGAGUAUCGCGAGAAGAUACGUGCAGAAUUACGUAAUGAACGCGAGAACUAUGACUAUUUGCGUGACGAGGCGAAUGCGCUUUUACAACAGGUGGAGGCAGUAUUGAUACAGAAGACAUCAAUUGAAGAGAGUUACACACAAGUAUCACACUAUCUCAAUGAAUCCAAAGCCAAGGUGGCGGCUGCUGACGAGCUCUAUCCCACAUUGGCGGCUAAGAAGAGUGCUCUGCAGAAUUACAAGACACAGUUGCAAGAGAUUACUUUACAUAAGAAUGCACUUAAACAGUUACAUGACAAGGCUGUGACACUAUGCGAUGAUGAAUCCGAACGCAAGACCGAAGAGUCUAUUGAAGAGUAUAAUGGUUUGUCGAAGAAGAUCGCCGACCGCAUCAAUGUGGUUGGUAACCAGGUUGUUAAACAUGAGGCGUACGAUCAGGUGUUGGAGAAAGCACAAGAUUGGCUUAAUACCAUCAAAUCUGAAGCCAUUGACAUUUUAAAUGAGACAACUUUCGAAAAGGAAGGCGCAGAAGAGAAGUUGACUGUUGUUGAAAAUCUAUUGCAACAUAAGCCUGAAGGUGACUCCAUAUUCGAUACAUGCCAACAACUAUUACAAACAGUGCUAACACAAACACAUCCCAGUGGUCAUCCUGCUUUGCUACGCAGCUUUGAAGAACCCAAGAAAGCGUGGGUAGACUUCAUGACACUCUGUCAAGACUCGCUCGUCAAGUUGAAACAGCUGUGCUCUAAAUGGGAUGAGUUCGAGUCGAUUAUCGAUGAGAUCGAUAACUGGAUGAAGGACGUUGAGAAUGUUGUGAAGAGCCAGAGUCUGAAAAGUACGGCCGGAACGAAAAAAGCACAUUUGGCACAAUUACAAAACAUCGCCAAAGACAUUGAACAACGUGCAACGUCCAUUAAUGAUCUACUCGAUCAAGGUCGUGAAAUUGAAGGUGAAACCGAUUUGAAUCUUAAAUUAUCGCGCUUAAAUACACGCUAUCAAACUUUGAAGAAUCUCUGUAAGGAAUCUAUUGCGAAGUAUGUCAACUACGCAAAAGAUCACGAAACAUUUGAUACUGAUUAUGAGGUUUUCAAAAAGGAUCUACAACAGUGUGUGGAAGAAUUGGUACAAAAUAGUGAGAUUGUUGGUGACCAAAAUGUUUUGCAAGAUCGCCAAAACAAAUUGCGUGAGAUGGCGGAUAAACGUAUCAACGACUCUACCGCAUUCGAGAGCUUGGUGGAUCGUGGCGAAAAACUGUACGGACAUACAAGCCCCGAUGGUCGCGAGAUCAUACGCCAGCAAUUACGUACGCUGCGUACCAUGUGGGACAACUACUCCGAUGAUUUGAAUGGGGCCACACAAAAGAUCGAUCAAUGUCUGCAACAGUUCAACGACUUCAAUAUUGCCAGAGACCAAUUGGCCAAGUGGCUAAAGGAUGUGGACAAAGCAAUGCAAAGCCACACCGAGCCAAAGACCACACUACAAGAAAAGCGCGCACAACUCCAGAACCACAAGUUACUCCACCAGGAAAUCACCACUCACAAUGUGCUGGUGGAUAGUGUGUGCGACAAAGCGCAGAUCUUGAUUGAUCAAAUCAACGACAAUACACUAAACGUUUACCUCCAAUCACUUAAACAAAUUUUCAAUGGCAUUGUGGAAAAAUCAGAAGUAAUUCUAAACAAUUUGGAGAAAUGCGUGCAAGAGCACACCGAGUUAAACACACAAGUGACCGCCGCUAAGGCUUGGAUAUCUGGCGAGAAAGAGAAGCUGUUGGAAUGUGACGAUGCCUAUGGCGAAAAGGCUGACAUUAAGCGUAAGAUUGAGACCUUGGUGCAGUUGGCACAGAACAAGCCACAAGCACAAAAGAUAGUCGAUGAUAUACGUCAGCAGUUCGAUAAGGUUAAGGCUAACACUUCAGAAAAGGGUAAUGAGAUCUUAGCGAAAGAAAUCGAUGAACUUGAAACAACCAUAAAGAGUCACUUCGAUGACAUCGAAGGCAUCGAAGGCAAGCAGCGAGAUGUGCUGCAACAAUGGAAUGACUUCGAGAGUAAACUUGAAGAAUUGACGAAGUGGUGUCGCCAAGCCGAAGGCGUUUUCCGUGAACAACAAUUGAAAUCAACACUACACGAGAAGGUCGAACAAUUCGAGAAAUAUAAAAUACAACGAGAUCUCAUUUUGCAAAAAGAGAAGGAAAUUGAUGCUUUUGCUGAUGCGGCACAUGCGUUGUUGAAUAAUUGCGGCGCCGAACGAUUGAAGACACUAACUAUACAGAUCACAAAUCGUUAUCAACUGUUGCAAGUGUUGAGCAAGGAGGUUGUCAAUCGCUGGUCGAAUUUGGUGGACGACCAUCAAAUAUAUCAAGACAAAUACAAUGAAGUUGAUCUUUGGCUCCAACCAAUCGAACAUCAACUGGAGAAUGCUUUGAAAAACGAGCCUUCACAAGCCGCUAACAUUUUGCAAGUUCUACUUUCUGAAAAAGAACAAGCUGAAACCUUAUUUAGCGCAUUAAAUGCCGCCGGUGAAAAGGCAUUGCCCGAAACAUCGACUGAGGGUCGGGAGAAGAUACGUAAAGACCUGCGUGACAUACACGAGCGUUGGGAUAAAUUGGACGAAGGCAUACGCAAUCUGCAGAAACGCCAGGAAGCACAAAGUGUGCAGCUGUCAAGCUACCAUGAUAUACUUGGUCAGACCGUCAACUGGUUGGAUCAAAUUGAAAAGGUACUGCAGAACGAGAAUCCCAGCACUUGGACGAGUGCUCAGGAAAUACGCUCCAAAUUGUACAAAUACAAAGCGACCACACAGGAUAUUAACUCGCAUAAACGCAUCAUUGAAGCUGUGAACGAAAAAGCUGCCGUGCUAUUAGAGGGCACAGUGCCAGCAAAUACCGCCGAGAUCAAGAAUGCCGUCGAUGAUAUUAACAAGCGAUAUGAGAAAGUAGCAGGUGAUUGCGCCAAACUGCUUGGUGAGCUCGAGGAUGCUUUCGAUGUGUAUCAACAGUUCAGUGAAUUGCAGAAGGCACAACAGGAUUAUCAAAAGAAUUUGUGGGAUCGCUUGACCGGCUAUUCGGAUUAUUCCGGCAAUAAGCCGGCUUUACAAGCGCGUUUAAGUAAGAUAUGUGAAAUUCAAGAUGCUUUACCCGAAGGUGUAGUUAAACUACAAAAUCUGUCUACACAUAUUGAUGAGAAGGCCAAGCUGUUGCCGGCACGUUCUAAAGAAGCGAUGUCAAGAGACCUGGCCAAUUUGCAUGCCGACUUCGAUAAGUUCAGCGCUGCUCUCAGCGAUGUGAAGAGCGGCCUGGAGAAUCGUCUGCAGCAAUGGAGCGAUUAUGAAGUGAACCUGGAUCGGUUGAUCAAUUGGUUGAGCGAAGCUGAGAAUGCGCUCAAGAAUUACAAUCCCAAGUCCACAAUGGAAGAGAAAGAAGAACAACUAAACCGCUUCCAAUCACUAAUGCAGAACUUGCGUCAAAAUGAAAUUGAAUUUGAGAAAAUGAAAGACGAUUCUUCGGAACUCAUUCAAAGUUCAGGUGAAACUAGAAUUGCCGUCAAUGUGCAACAAGUUACCUCACGCUUCCAGUCCAUACAAGCGACAACAAAAGAGAUUCUCAAGAAAUGUGAACAAUCUGUAUAUGAUCAUCAACAAUUCAAUGAGAAAUACAAGCAGUGUUCAGAUUUCCUAGCCAACGCUCAAGCGAAAUACGAUGAUUCCAGUGAUCUAUCGCAGGUGGGCUCUCGUGAUGAUCUCCUGAAGAAACAGACUGCAAUUCAAGAACUGUUGGCUCAACAGCCCAAUGCUUCAUUGAUGUUGAACAGCACCAUUGAAGCGGGUGAGAAGUGCUAUCCAUCCACGGCCACAGAAGGUCGUGAGGCCAUACGCGUGCAAUUGGCUGAGCUGCAAGAAGCUUUCGAUAAACUCUAUGACAAUGUAACAAUUACUUCGCGUAAGUUACAGGACAAGAUGUCCAAAUGGUCUGGUUUUGAUGAAAUCGCCGAGAAAUUGCAAAACUGGCUCAACGAAAUCGAGAAAACACUUCCAGCCGAUAUCGAAUUGAAAACAACUUUGGACGAGAAACGCGCCAAACUGCAAACAUACCGCGACAUCCUCAAUGAUCUCAAUAACCAUCAAGUUGAGGUGAAGAAUUUGCAAGAAAUCGCAAGCAACUUGCCAGAGCAAAAUGAUCAUGUUGACAAUAUUACCAAAGAAAUUGCCGAACAAUUCGCUAAGAUACAUAAGCGUGCACAGAACUUCGUGGAACGCUAUGAAGCAAUUGUGAGUGAUCAUCAACAAUACACUAAGGCCGUUAUGGAAGCACAGGAGUACAUUGAGGCCACACAUAACACCAUUGACUAUUGGGGUGAUUUGGAUUUGGAACAAGUUUCACUACAUACAAACUUGGAUCGUUUGAAGAACCUCAAAGACAGCUUGGCGGAUGAGUUCCCACGUGUCGAUCAAGUGCGUGCACUUGGUGAGAAGGUUAUACCUGGCACUGUCGAGAGUGGACAGACAAACAUCAAGUCACAAAUCGAUACCACACAACAAGAGUGGGAAGGUCUAAUCGCAGCUAUUACAUCAACCAUUGAAGCUAUUGAAAAUCGCUUACAACAGUGGGCGGAAUAUGAACAAUUGCGCGAUCAGUGCUUGGCUUGGAUAAGAGAAUCGGACAACAAGUUACAUGCUAUUGAUCUCAAGCCAACGCUCGAUGAAAAGAAGACUCAGUUGGAAGCAUUAAAGAACUUGCAAGGUGAAAUGCGUGCUAAGGAACUUGAAAUCGAUAGCGUGUCCGAGAAGGGUCAGCUCUUACUGAAGGGUGCCUCCAGCAUGCGCUCAUCUGGACCUGAAUUAACAACCAAGUAUCAGCAGAUAUUCCUUAAAGUCAAAGAACUCAAUAACCGUUGGCAACAGUAUGUUACCUCACAUCAGGAAUUCGACAACGCCGUCUCUGAAUGCGCCACAUGGAUUAAUGGCAUCAAAGACAAAUUGGAUUACUGCGCUGAUAUGUCUUCUAUGAGCCAAAAAGAGUUGGAUAAGAAGUUGGCCACCAUACAGGAUAUCUUACUAUUGAAGGAUGAAGGUUCUGUGAAGGUACUUAGUAUUGUUGAGUUGGCACAGAAUGUGCUUGCCAAUACUGCACCGACUGGCCACGAAGCGAUCAACAAGAAGCUGACAGAUCUACAAGAAUUGUGGUCCAAUAUUACAUUACGUAUCAUCGACGUAAAGGCCACCCUGGAUGACUCCAUAACUCAAUGGUCAGGAUUCUUGGAACAGGUACAGAAUGUACGCAAAUUCAAUGAAUGGCUUGAGAAUGUACUAAAAGACCUCUCCGAAAAUCAAACUACAAUGCCUGAGAAGCGUGCGCAACUCGACCGCGUCAAGGCCACCGAAGAGAAGGUGCGUGUAGAGAAAAUCGAUGUUGAUGCACUGAAAGUACAGGCUAAAGAGAUGAUUGCUAGCGGACAACAAAGCCAAGCUGCGUUCCAAGCUCAAAAGGUAUUGGACAACUUUGACGAAUUAUAUGCUCGCAUACAGAAAUUGCUCUCUGAUCGUCAUGAUCAAUAUAGAGAUCAUCGUCUCUACAAGGAAGCUUAUGAUGAUUUGGUUAGCUGGAUUAGUCGUGCACGUGAGAAGUUCCCUGCUCUUAAGCAGAGCAGUCUAAGUGACAAAUUGGCCAUUGAGAAUGCUGUACAAGCCACAGAAGCCAUGUUAAACAAGCAGGCACAAGGUGAGCUAUUGGUCGAACAUUUGGUUCAUACUGGCGAAGUCGUAUUGACUAGUACAUCGCCACAGGGACAAGAAAUCAUUCGCAAUGACAUACGCGCUUUGCGAGACAGUUUCGAGUCACUCUUCCGUGAGAUCAAUCAACAAAAGGAAAGUUUGGAAGUCACUAUGGUGCAAUGGCGCGCCUACAAGGAUGAGUAUGAGCGCUUAAUUGAAUGGCUCCAACAAAUAGAUAUUCUCGUAAAGAAUCACAAGUUGAAUUUAGCGCCAAGCUUGCCAGAGAAAGAGAAACAAGCUGCUGAUAUGGCUGAAGUUUUGGCUCGUCUGGAGAAGGGCAAAGAAGAUAUUGAUAAAUUUAACGCCUCUUCAGCGGGAUUACUAAAAUCUCAUUUGGAGUCCUACGUCAACAACCAGCUAAGACACUUGAACUCAAUGUAUCAAGUUCAGGUCAAUCUUGCUAAGGAUGUGUUGAAGAAGGUUGAGACUAACCGCGAUCAACAUCGUGAAUAUAAUGCGAACUUGAAGGCUGCGCAAGACUGGAUAAAUGACGCCAAGACUGCUAUACGUGAGGCUAGUGAAUCCUCCAGCGCAGGCUCGAAGGAGCUUUUGCAGAAACGGCUGGAAAAGAUACAGCAGUUGAUUAGCAAUCGUGAAAUUGGACAGAAUCUGGUACACACUGCGAUCAACAACGGCGAAAAGGUGGUCAGAAACACCCGUUCCGAUGGCCGUGAUACGAUUAACAGUGAAAUGAGAGAUUUGCAGAAUGAUUGGGAUAGGUUAGUUAAGAAAAUGUCUACCGCCAAGGUACAAUUGGAAACCAACCUACUACAAUGGGCCGACUAUAGCUCGAGCUACUCACAAUUACAACAAUGGAUUACGGAUCGUGAGAGUAAGUUGCAACAGGCUUGUGACCAGAAGGUUGUAAAGUCGAAACGUGGCCAACCUGGUCUCACAUCCGGUUUGAGUGAACGUAAAGCGAACCUACGGCAAACUAAUAAUAUUGUGCAAGAUAUAGUGUCCUUCGAACCAAUGAUACAAUCGGUGGCUUCGAAGGCAUCCGACCUACAACAGGGCGCGCCUGCCUCAGAAAUCUCAAACAAAUAUGAGACACUCACCAAACAAGCCAAGGAUCUGUAUGAAAAGCAAAAGACAACAAUCGACGAAUUCCAGGCGCUCAUUGAUGCGGGUAACGAAUUCGCUGCAUGGUUGCGUAGCUCUAAGGAGCGUUUAAGCAAGUGCUCAGAGCCUACUGGUGAUAAACAAGCGCUGGCUGAGAAAACACAUCAAUUGAAGAUUCUACAAAGUGAAGUGCCGGAAGGUAAAAAGAAACUGGAAGCCGUAGUAACGCAGGGUCAACGCGCUUCUCUCAAUGCUGAACAAGAAGAUCGCGAGAUCAUUGAAGAAGAAGUCGGUUUGUUGCAAGAAGAAUUCGACGCUUACGUAGAUGCUCUCACUAAAGCCAAGGAUUAUUUGGAAGUAGGUAUUGUCAAGUGGUCAGAUUACCAAGAUCAAUACAGCGAAGCAUUGGAAUGGCUUACCAAAACCGAAGCGUUGGUGCAAUCCUACAACAAACUGCAAGACAGCUUGGCAAGUAAAAAGAUAGUGCUGGAAGAGUUCCAAGGUCACUUGCAAACACUUUUCGACUGGCAGAAAACUUUAGAUCACUUGAACAUGAAGGCACAAAUGCUGCUGGAGACCUGCUCGGACACACGUAUCAGUAAUGCCAUCAUGCAGUUGACAACCAAAUACAAUGCUUUACUUGCACUGGCCAAGGAAGUGAUGCGUCGUUUGGAGUUGCACUACCAAGAGCACCAACAGCAUCGCACUUUGUAUGAGGAAUGCCAAUCUUGGAUUGAGGCCACACGCGAGAAACUUGAAGAAUGUGCACAGAUACCUGGCACACUCAACGAGGUACAAAUCAAACUCAACACUGUUAAGAAUCUGCGUCAGGGCUUUGAGUCGGGUCAGAAUAAGCUACGUUAUCUACUCGAACUGAAAGAGAAGGUAAUCAUGAACACCGAACAGGGUGGCGCUACCAAAGUGCAAGAGGAUACUGAUACUCUGAAACAAGAUUUCGAUAAAUUGCUUGUCGACAUGAAUGACGUGCGUCAGAAACUGGCCAAUCGCCUGUCACAAUUGGAGGAAGUUUACAAACUACUUAAGCUGCUGACCGAAUGGCUUGAAGAUGUCGAACCGAGCGUUAAGACGAGCGACGAGUUCCUGAACGAUUUAAGUGAAAAGCGUGCCGCAUUGGAGAAAUUCCGUGCCAUACAACGUGACAUAAACGGUCACAACGAUAUUGUUGAGAAGAUUAACACACGCUUGAACGAAGAUAACAGUCUUGACCGUAAGGACUUCCGCGAUGGUCUCAGCAAAUAUGAGAACCUACAAGAGACCGUUGGCAAAAUCAUUGAGUCGCUCGAAAAUCAAGUCAAUAACCAUGACAAAUACAAGCAAGCCUUCAAUGAAAUACAAGAUUGGCUGCGUCGCACACGUAUUGAGAUCGAACAGUGCGCCGACUGUCAUGGUGAGAAGACGCAAGUAGAAGAGCGUCUCAAUAAAUUGGGUGAUAUUGGUGCUAGCAUGGUCGAGGGUAAAUCGCUGCUGGACGCCUGUGAAGAAUUGAGCCAAGCAGUGAUUGCCACAAGUGGUAAUGAAGGUCAAGAUACCGUCUCGCAAGAAAUCAAACAAUUGGUAGCCGAAUGGGAGGCACUGCAGGCAAUGGUGCGUGAUGCACGCUCCAAUUUGGAGACCUGUCUCGGUUUGUGGAAUGCAUUCUUGCAGAAUUUCAUUAAGAUUAACAAGUGGAUUGAAGAUGUUAGCCGACGUGUGGCGACCGCUGGCGAAGCUGAAAAUAAAACACCCGACGACUUGGCAUAUGCCAAGAAACUAUUGGAGGAAGUUGUAGCGGAGAAGGAUAAUGUCGAAGACCUAAACGAUGCCUGUGAAUUGCUCAUGGAACACAGCGCAUGCACCCGAGUUCGUGAUCAAACCGUGGAGACUCAGUCCAACUACACCAAACUGUUGACAAUAGCGCAAGGUCUCGUUUCCAAGAUCGAAAAGAAUCUCUCGGAUCACACCGAGUUCUUGAACUAUAAGAAGGAAAUGGACGCUUGGAUUGAGAAGGCGCAAGAAAUACUUGAUGGUUGCACUGUAGAUGGUGAUGUUAGCGAGAUCGCACAACAACUGGAGACAGUCAAUUCCCUAGCAUCACGCCUCCCCGAGGGUCAACAUCUGCUCGGUAUGGUACAGGAGGCGUACACGAAAGCAUCGAACAUAACACCCGAAGGCAAACAAGAGGUCUUGCGUGAGUUGAUGACUAAAGUACGUGAAGAUUGGGACGCAUUGGGACUCGCUGUCAAGCAGAAGUUGAGUGAUUUGAAGCAAGCACAGAACCGCUGGUCCGACUUUGCCAACAAUCGCGACAAGCUCGAGAAGUGGCUCGUCAGUACUGAGAAUACACUCAAAUCUGUGCCCGACACUAAGGGUGAACUGAGUGAAAUGAAGACACUACUCGAACGCUACAAGACACUACAAAACGAAAUCAAACAGAAGGGCAUUGAUAUUGAGAAUCUAUUGGGCGAAGCCAAGGGCUUAGGUACCGAAGUGGAUGCUGUACACCAAAAGCAGACACGUUGGGAGAAAGUAAAGAACGAUUGCGCCGCCUACAUUAAGGGUUUGGAGAACGAAAUGGCCGACUACAAUGCCUAUCAUCAGAGCUUGCAGGAUAUCGAGAAAUGGCUGUUGCAAAUUUCCUUCCAACUGAUGGCACAUAAUUCGUUGUUCAUUUCGAAUCGCGAGCAAACCGAAGAACAAAUCAAACAACACGAAUCUUUAUUGGACGAAAUUCAAAAGUAUCAGUCCAACUUGGACGAUUUGAAUUCCAAGGGACAAGCACAAAUCAAGCGUUAUGAGCCGACAACACCAGCCAUACGCGACACUGUCGAGUCACAGCUUAAGAACAUACAGGACAGCUACAAUUCAUUGUUGCAGACCUCAGUACAGAUCAGGAAUCGCUUGCAUGAAUCCUUGGCCAAAUUCAAGGAAUACGAGGACACACUGGAUAGCAUAAUGCGCAAUUUGGAAGCCUAUGAACCGGUCAUACAAAAUGAGCUGGAUGCGCCCGCCACCAGUUUGGAGCUGGCGCAACAACAAUUGAAGUGUGCGCAGGACCUGCAAACUAAACUGAACAACGAAAAGUCCCGCCUCGCUGCCGCUGUGCAAGCUUGUGAAGCCGCCACCGCCUCCAUCAGCCGUCCCAGCUCGCCGCUGGAGUCAGCCAUGCAGACCAUACCCGAGCGUGAGCUCAUUGUGCGCGCUAAGCUGGAAGAUUUAUUGGAUCAGAUGCCGAGUAACCGAGCAGAGUACUCAAGCAACAUCGCCGCCAAAGCUGAUGUCGCACUUGAGUUACCACAGACCAAAGAUGCUCCGCUUGAUCCAGUGCGUUCCAAUAGCGAGCGUGUAACUAAGCUUAAUGCUUUAAUCACUAAGGUGCAAUCCCACUUGGGUGGAUUGACCGCUUCAGUGAGUGAAUUAGAGCAACAACAGAAACAACGCGCCGAGCUCCAAGAUUGGGUUAAGAAACAGGAAACAACUGUUAGUGAUUGGCUAACGCGACCAUGCAAGUUGCGUCCGGAAGCAGCUAAGCAAGAGUUGGUGGCCAUGAAUGACUUGUUGAAUUCGAUUGGUGAUAAGCGUUCACAACUGAUGUUGGAGAUGACAGGAUCAUUGGCCGAUGACGACACCGAUCUCGACGACAACCUCGACAAACUCGAGUCCGAGUUAAUGAACGCAAUUGCUAAGAAGCAAGCAGGACAGAAUGAUAUCGAUAGCUAUCGUCAAGGUGUACAGGACGUACAAAACUGGUUUGAUUCGCUUAUCAAACGUAUGGAUGUAUUGGACAAAGGUUCCGGUUUGAAUUGUGCCCAGAAAAAGGCUGCCAUCAAUGAAAUCAAGAAAGAGUUUGAAGAACAAGGUCCGAAUAAAAUCCAAGAGCUGAAGGGCAAAGCAGCACAAGUUGCAGAGGCUAUUAGCAAUUUGGAUGGUCAACAGGUGGAAGAACAGAUGAAAUCACUGGAUCGCCGUUAUGCGGAUCUCGGGAAACGCAUCGAUCGUAAGUCACAGCUACUUGACGUUACCAAUAAGGGCGUUGAUGGCGCUAAGGGUGAAAUAGAACAGUUACAUAACUGGGUUAAGGACAAGAUACAAGAGUUGCAAACACCCACUGCAAUGGGUUAUGAACCAAAAGCAGCUGAGGCACGCCAACAAGCUAUUAAGGGCAUUAUGAAGGAAGCCGAAGCGAAGAAGUCACAAGCUGACGCUUUGGAGAAACGUAUUGCCAAUAUGCAACCCGAACUUGAGCCAGUCGAAUACGCACAACUCGAGUCGGCGCUGCGUCAAUUGAACUCCGAGCAAAAGAAUCUAUCUGAGGUGCUCAAGAGCGAAUUAGAUCGCGCGCUGGAUGCGUCUAAGGCACGUAAAGCGUUGGAGGUUGAUUUGGAGAAGGCACGCGCUUGGUUGAAAUCGAAGAUUGCCGAAGUACGGAAAUUGCCUGUGUAUCACCCACUGCCAUCGUCCGAAAUCGAGAAGAAAAUACAAGAGAACAAGAAGUACGAUGAUGAAGCAAAACAAUUCAAUGAUUCGGUGCUGAGCGACGUACAACGACAAGCGGCGAAUAUAAUGAAGGACUGUCCGGAAGCAGAUAGAGCAGCUUUGCAGAAAAUUCUCGAUGAAAUAGCUGGCGAUUAUCAAACCCUAAAGGAUGAGAGUGGAAAGCGUGCUAAAGCUUUAAGCGAUCUCUUGCAGGGACGUAAAUCAUUCGAGGAUGCUAUGAAGAAUAUGAGCGAUUGGUUGAAUGAGAUGGAAACCGCCACCGCUGGUGAAUUGCGUACAACCAGUGUACCCGUGUUGGAAGAACAAAUGGCUCACUACAAAAAAUUGCUAGAGGAUGCCGAAAGCAAGGCUGACUUAAUGAACAAUGUGGCCGACCAAGGCAAAGGUAUUUUGCCCACGCUAAACAAUCCGGAUAAGUUGAAACUAAACGACGAUAUCAAAAACUUGAAGGAUCGUUACGGUAAAGUGACACAGAACAUUAAGGAUCGCGUAAAUACGCUCUCCGAUCAUAUCAAGAAAUACAAGGAUGCCAAGGGUAAAUUGGCUGACUGCAUGCAGUUCCUCAACACCAUACAGCAACGUUUGCGUGAGCUCAAUAAACCAAUCGGCUCAAAGAUCGAAGACGUACAAGAUUUACUGGGUGCAUACGAGGGUAUACUGAAGGAACUCAAGGAUAGCAAGAACAAAAUGGGUGACAUACAAAUGGAUGAUCUACCCGAGUUGCAGAGUAUACUACAGCAACAAGAUGAUAUGAUUAAAUUGAUUGAGGAUCAAUUGGCUCAUCUGCGUCAAUUACUGCUGCUACGUGAGCAAUUCAUUGCGCUUAUCAAUGAGAUUAUCGCUUUCAUCAUGAAGUACACUGAUGUCAUAAUCGAUAUUGAGAAUUCGCCCGAUAGCUUGGAGGACAAAAUCAACAAGUACGACGAUGUUAUUGUCAAGAUUCAAGAAUGUGAGGGUCUGUUGGCUUCUGCUACCGAUAAGGGUCAGAAGAUCGCAUCGGAGGGUUCUGCCGCUGACAAGAACAGCAUCACUGAACAAUUGCAAUCGCUGAAGAAUCAACUACAGAACCUGCGCAAAGCAGUCGAGUCACAACGUCAAAAACAUCAAGUACAACUCGAACACCAUCGCAAAAUGGCUGCCGAACUCUCAGAAAUUCUUGAUUGGUUGCAUAAUAAUGAAGCGUCUGCCAAGUCACGUCCCCUAUUAGAUCGUGAUCCCGAAUCUGUAGAACAUGAAAUUCAAAAACAUCACAAACUACGCAACGAAAUUCAGGGAUAUCUCGAUAAAUUCGACAAAAUCAAUGCUAGCGUCAAAACAGAGGUCGGCAUGCCUGGCUCGCUGGUUGAAAUGCUUUCCGAAGGUCGUUCAUUAGUCUCCUCACUGCCACAAGAGCUUGAAGAUCGCGAGAAGUACUUGAUCAACAAUCGCGAUUCACGUCUUGAAUACAUGAAAUUGGUGGCUAAAUUCAAUGAUUGGGUGCACGAAGCUGAGACACGCCUACAAAAUAGCCAACAUGGCAUCGACUAUGAAAAUCUCGUACAAGAUUUGGAAGAACAUAAAAUCUUCUUCGGCAAUGAGACGCCAAUUAAGAAUUUGGUGCAUAAACAAAUUCAAGAAGCCGCCGAUAAGAUUUGGCCCUCGCUGAGCAGCUUCGAACAGUCGGAAUUGUCACGCGAAUUGGCCCAACAUCAAACUAAAUUGGCCAACACCAUUGCAACAGCCAAAUCGCAGCAAGGCGAAUUGGAGAAAGAGGUCGAUCGUUGGCGUGAAUACCAGCAGUCAGUGGAGCGCGUCAAAGCAACCAUUGAACGCAGCAAGUUCAGCGAUGAACCCGUACAGAAUCUGGCUGGCCUGCAUUUCAACAUACAGAAAUUGACGCACGCUAUCGGCAAUGUGCAGAGCCAAACUAGUGACAUCACACUCGCCAAUCAGCAGGCGCAGGGACUAAUACGUCAAGCCGACGCACGCAAUCGUCAGCUGAUUGAACAGAAUAACGCCGAAUUGAAUCGUUUGUGGAACGAAUUGUUGAAAGGACUCGAGACUCGGCGCGAUUCGUUGCAGAGCAUUGCUGAACGUUGGGACGAAUUUGAGAAUCACUUGCAUAGCUGGGAGAAGGCAAUUAGCCGCUUGGAAGAUAAAUUCCGCAAUGUCGACCCAGUAGUUAGGUCGCGACGUCAUUUGGAAGAUACAAAGAAUGCCAUCCAGGAAAUACUCGCCGAAUCUGAAGAACUUAAAUCAUCACAUAAAGAGAUUGAGGCGCUCUCAAAAUCAAUCGUCACAUUCCUUGGGGAAGUUCACCAACCCACAUCGCAGGCCCUACAGGCCAAAGUGGAUAACUUAGUACAGCAGCAAACAAAAUUAAACGACACCUUACGCGAGAAGGAUCGUCAAGUUGGUAAGGAUCUGGAAGAGAUCGAAACGGUCUUCCAUCGCAUCUCAGAGUUGCAAGAUAAAUUCAACGCCCUACUCGAGCAGAUACAAGAAGUGCAUACUUUUGACGAGCAUAUUGACGCCAUUGAAAAGUCUUUGAACGAUUUGCAGCAACAAGUUGGCAAGGCAGUUGCGGAGAGUACCCAACUGAUUGUCGAAACCAAGGAAAACUAUUUGCAGAAACAAAAUCUGGUACCAAGUGAUAUAGCACAGGAGUUCACAGCACUAGAGUUGCUCUCCGAGCGUGUACAAGGCGCCAUGGAAACCAAACAGAAAGAAUUCAAACGUGCCAAGACUGUACGCACCGAAUACCUGAGCGGCGUCGAUGAGAUCCAAAGAUGGCUGCGACAGGCGGAGGUACAAGUGCAAGAUCGUACACUAGCACCCGCACAAAUGAAAGAACUACUGCAUCGUAUCAAUCAGGAAAUAGCCGGCAUUUAUGAACGUUUCACAAUGGUCAAGACAAAUGGACAGCUGAUUAUCGACAAUUGUCGCAACAGUAAUGAAAAAUUGCUGGUACAAUCGACGAUCGAUCAGUUGGCACAGGAAUUGGGACAAGUACGCGCGUGGUUGGAUGAGAAGAAACAACAAGUGGGCGAUAGUUUAGAUGCAUGGACGAGAUUUAUGAAUCUAUAUCAAAUUGUGAUGGCGUGGGUGGCGGAAAAACGUACCUUCCUCGAUCAGACAAUCGAACUGCGUACACUGCCCGAAGCGCGCAACAAACUCAAUGACUAUGUAGUGGCUGUGAAGAGCAUUAAACCGAUCGUGAAGCAUUUGAGUGAAAUGGACAAGGAACUGGAACACAUUGGACAAGUGACGACUGUGGGCGAUCUCAAGGACAAACUGCAAGAGGCUGAAGAUGCCAAGGUUUCCGUGGAAGCGGUGCUGCUGGAAAGGAAUUCCCUGCUACAAGAAGCCUGCGAAGAAUGGGAUCAAUGCGAACGCAAAAUUAAGGACAUACGCGGCUGGAUAGAUAAGACGAAACAAUCGUUGGACUCACCACAACACAAGAAGAAACCGCUGCGCGAUCAACUGGGCUACUGUGAGAAAACAUUGGCGGACAUUAAUGUACAGAAGACCAAACUGCGUCUAUCUAUCGAAAAAUUAGAGGUGCAUUUCCGCAAUGGUAUGGGUGGCGAUCCGCGCCUUAGCGAGAAUGUUGAUGAUUUGCUGAAGGUCUUGGACGGACUGGCGGAAUUGGUGCGCACCAAAACCACCAGUCUGGAAGAGACGCUCAGCCAGAUCGACAUCUAUCAGCAACAGAUGCAAACAUUGCGUCAGAAGAUCAUACAAGAGGAGCAACAAUUGCGUCUCGUUAUGGCGCCCACGUAUCUGCCACACGAUCGUGAGCGUGCAUUAGCAGAGCAACAGGCACUGCGUACAUCUAUUGAUGACAUGCAACAGAAAUACGAUGGGAUCGCAGCCUUAUCGUACACGCUGGAUCCGCAUUCCGUUGUUACCACAUCAUCGGCUGUGUCCAUGCUAUUGAAGCCAUCCAAAUUAGGCUUAUCCUAUGCGGAGGUGCUCUCCGGACACUCAAGUCCUGUUAGCUUCGCACAAACGGAAAGUGUUUUGCACAAGAGUAAAGUACAAAAUGCCAAACUAGAGAACAGUAAUGUUAAAAGAACCAACAGCAGCAACACCACAACCAUGUUUACCACCACCACCACGACCACCACAAAUAAUAGAGUAAAUAAUGCCGAAGCGCAGCCAGAGGCUGUGAGCCAUGCGCCGCAGAGCGUACAAGAAUUUGAACCUCAGCAAUAUGAAACCACAAUUACAACAACAACGCAAGAAUUGCAAACAGUGCAGCCGCAAAAUGAUAGCAUUGACACGCUGACGGCGCAAACAAUAACAACGACCGAGCCGCAAGUGCAGCGCACGCAAAAUGAGUAUGUGAAUGAAAGCGGACAACACGUCGUAGAGACGCGCACGAUAACAACGCGCACAACAACGCAACAUGUUACGGAUAGCGCCGCGCAACAGCGCGGUGAGUUGCAAGCGCCAACGGUAAGUGCGUGGCUUGAAGCGCCCGCAGAAGGGCAUGAAGAAAUUGCCUAUGAGCAGCGCACGCCCCAACCUGCGGCACGUCAGCCACAACAGCAAUUGCACGCGCCACGCGAACAACGCCGCGGUCGUUCGCCGCGUCGUCGGCAACAGCACGACGAAGCGCAACAAUACGCGCCAACAACGACGCAACACUCAACGCGCGAGCAACGCGAUGCGCAUACACAUUAUACGACCACAACAACAGCGACGCGCACGCACACACAACAUACUAGACAACAACCAGCCGCACAGCAACACGAGCAGCGAACACAUUUGCUUGCGCCCACGCAAGAACGUAUGCGUUCGCGUAGCCCCAUAUGGGCACCGGGUUCGACUUCAUACGCGGAAGUAUUGCGGGGCAUUGAAUUGGAACGUCAGCGAGCUGCGACUGCUGAGCGAAAACGCGCACAAAGUGGCAGCAACACAGUUAUUACCACGAAAACGACCACAACUAGUGACUACGUGACGCCAGCGCAGGCGCAUGCGUCAACGCAGCCACAGCAGUCAGCACAAGAACCACAAGUGCAGCAAGAACUGCCAGCGGUCGACACUUUCAUACAAACACACACAAAUAUCGUGGAAUAUCAGCAGCCGGCGUACGAUACGCCUAGCCAAACGAACGAUAUAAGCGCUGAUUAUGCAAAUGUUGUGACCACUUUGAGUCCCGACGUGCCACAGACGACUCCAUUAGCAAGCGCUUUUGUUGAACCAGUCACUGUGCCAAGCCCUUACGAUGCCGUACUGAGCGCAAAUACUUAUGUUGACACGGUUUCUUUAGCAACUUCGGUGCCCAGCACUUACGUGGACUCAGUUUCAUUACCGAGUAGCUAUAUUGAGCGGCCCGUCUCAGCAGGCAAUACGCCAAUGACCGCCGCGGAAAUACAAGCUGCUUACCUACAGCCCGAUCCGCAGCUCUAUCAGAGCAUGUAUGAAAAUAUGGCCGAUGCCGGUCAGUGGGGCUAUGCAGCAGUGCCCGAGGCACAACAAGUUGUACAGCCUGAUCAAUCGACAGCCUCUCAAAAUUAUUAUGAACAGAUUAUACAAAUGCAAUAUCCCCAAGGCACGUCGGCACAAACGACCUACACGCAGUAUCAGUAUCAGCCGACGGCUACGCAAUAUCAAUUAAUGGCCGGUUACUAUCCCACAGAGCCACAACAAACUGAAUCGUAUCAAACGGUUUAUGCGCCCACUGCCGACCAAACUCAGUUGUAUUAUCAACAAGAAUCAACCAAACCUUAUCAAGAGUUACAAAGUGUGGCUUACGAUACACAGCCACAGGAAUAUUUGACCGACUAUCAGCCGACUCAAAUAAAUCAAAGUGUUAUCGAUCAAGUAGUAACUACGCUUGCGUCGAUUGUACAAAAUGUUACAACGACUCAAACGCAUGCUGUCAAUUCACAGCAACAACAUGUACCGGAGUCAGUGCAACACUUUGAACAAUCAACGCCGCUGCAACCGUUUAGCGAGACGGUGCCUACUUAUGAACAGGCAACCACCGGUCCACCAUCCUACGAACAAACCCAACAUACACAAUUGUAUGAACCGGAAUCGAUUGAAGUCGAUGAACCGCGGCCUGACAUAACUUUUGGUCAAUUUGAAAUGAAUGAAAUUGAGUCGAUUCCCGCCGAGAUUGUGGAUACUCCACAAGCACCACAACAGGUCUUGGAACCAGCGCCUAUUUCAGAGUUGGUCUUUGUGCCAGAAGCGCCUUACUCGGCGCCUUUACAACCAAUGGAAAGUGUGUCUCCACAGGAGGCAGUAUCCACACUAGUAACCCCAAGUCCCACAAAGUCUAAAACGCAGGAAAUACCCAAAACAGAUCCUAACCAGUUCACGACUUAUGCUGAAGUACUAUUUGGUAUACAUCAUGGUGGAAGUAAUGUUUUCCAGCCAUCCAGUCAAAAGCUACAGCAACAGCAAACGCAAAUCCGCAUUACAGCAACCAAACAUGAUUCAAAUACAAAUAGAAGCCAGCAACAAAAACUGACAACCAAAACUGCAACGACAACUACAACGACAUAUGCGACCACGACAUCGAACAAUAAUAAUAGACGACCGCUAAAGUCUCCUUCUCGGAAUGCACCAGCAGUUCAGAGAAGAGAAGACACGGCAGCUGUCGCCGUGGCACCGGUGCCACAUCCACGUAAAGAACAACGACCACAAAAAGGUCAACGGACGGAUUCGAAAUCGCGACAUCAUAAUGGAUCGCCACCAACAACGCACAGAGAGGUGGAGGUUCGACAAACGCACGAUAAACAUGAAAAGCACGAAAAACAUGAUAAGCAUAUAAAAUCUGUGGAAGAAACCACUGUAAAUGUAACUAGCAAAUCACACAAGGAUACGAAGCAUACACGCGAUAGUAAGAAGGUGAAACAGGCUGAAGUUGUUUCUGAAAUUCAUGGAGAGACCACAGUAGCCGCUGAACCAGCUGUUCCUGUGGGAAGGACAGAUACAACCAAGCAGCAAGUUAAACCUCCUAUCGACGUAGUGAAUAAUAAUGAGUCGGAGAAGAAACCAGCCAAACCCAAAAGACAAAAGAAACAUAAGCAUUCAGGUGAAAUAGAAGAGCCUGUGGAAAAGAAAGAAAAAUCAGAAACAAUUAUAGCGAAGGAAGUUGUCAAAGUUAGCCCCGCUGCUGAAAAAGUUCCUGUUACUGCUGAGAAGUCAGCGAUUUCGGCAGAAAAAGUAGUUCCUAUUGAAAAUAUCGUUCCUCCUAGUGAAAAAGUGGAUGUUCUGAAGUCGAGCACAAUUGACUUUAUUGCAUCCGAAAGUCUGAAAGACACGCCGGCCAAACCUGCGAGAAAGGAAAAGUCCAAAUCACAGCGUAAAAAUUCACCGGUCGAGGCGAUUUCUACAAGUGAAGUCGCCGAUGCACCAGUAAUUUCCGAAUCCACCAAGGUCAUAACAGAAAAUGGAGGAUCUACCACAACUACAGUCACAACCACAACGAUAACUAAACGCAUUACAAAGCGUAUUAUUACAAGAAUCAUUGACGGAAAGGAAGUUGUGAUCGAAGAGGAUGUAGUUGAUGAUGAACCCACAGUCGGGACGGAAGUUGCAAUCAAAGAGGUGGUUGCAGAACCUGAAGAAAGAGUCACCACCGAAGUAAUUGACCAUAAAGAAAAGACGCAAAAACCUAUAAAGAAGGAUAGGAAGAAGUCUAAGAGUCCCAAAGAAGAACUUAGGGUAACACCAGAACAAACAGUUAUUACUACCGAGGCCACAAGCACACCAUUGAUUGAAGUCAAACCAAAAGAGGAGCAGAAGCCUGUAACUGAGAAAGUUAUUGAAGCUGCAGAGAACAAAGCAGCUAAAAAGAAGGAUAAGAAAAAGCCAAAGGAGCCGAAAGAACACGCUACCGUUGAAAAACUUUCGACGACAAAGGAAGAUACCGUUGCGCAAGUUUCAGAGACGUUGGUGAUUCAUGAAAAACAGCACUUGGCUGCGGAACCUAUUACACAAUUGCCGGUAGAAACCCUCGAAAAUGUUACAUCAAGUAUUACCCAAUUCAUAAACGUCGAAAGAGAAAAAUCGGAAAAACCAACGAAAAAAGACAAGAGAAAGACAAAGGGCCAAAAUGAACUCAAGGAAAUCUCAGUUCCGAAAACGUCUGAAACUGAGAAGGUGAUAGAUAAAAACCCAGCCAGUUUUCAGGAGGAGAAAAUUGAGAAAACAGACACAUUAACUGCAACAAAAAUAGUUUCGAAUGAGCACGCUAUAACAGAAAGCUCUGUGGACAUUUUAACUGAGGUUAAAGAGAACUCAGUACCGGCACCAAUUGAAGAGAUUGGCUCUGAAACUCUGACUGAAGUCAUUGAAGGUGUUAAAAAACCCCCACUAGUUGAAGAGACCACAAUUGUUAAAGAAUCGACACCCGAAUCAGUCAUCGAAAUUCCAGUUGUUCCAGAAUCUAUACCGCAACCGGUUGUGGAAAUUACCACCAUUGUUCAAGAAACUCCAAUUGUUAAACAACCUUCAUCAGAAACUGUCGCCGAAACCCCAGUAGUUUCAGAAUCUACAUCUCAAACUGUUGUAGAAAUUACCACCACUGUUCAAGAGAACCCAAUUGUUGAAGUGUCUACUUCCAAAACUGUUGUGGAAACUAUUACAGCUAUUCAAGAAAACCCGAUUGUUACAGAGACUAUCGUUGAACCAAUGGAGGAAAACAUUGAUGUCAAAUCUGUACAAUCUACUGUAGUCGAAGGAGAAUUAAUAGCAGAAAUUCCUCAAACAGUUCCAGAACAACCCAAUCUUACAACAAGUAUACAUGAUUUCAUUGCUGCUGAAAAGCAGGCGACAGACAAAUCUCCGAAAAUUCAAAAGAAAGAUAAGAAAAAUAAAAAGGACAAGAAGAAAUCAGAGGAAGCAAGUGCCCCCAUUGAUGAGUGCACCGACACUGUUGAAACUAUUGAGACACCUCUAGAAACCAUAAUAAGCGGUGAAGAAAUUUCUUCAACCGACGGUUAUGCCACGUCGAUUAUUAAAACUACAACAAGGAAAACCUCGACCUUAACUACCCGUACAAAAAUAAUUAGAAUAAUUGAUGGAAAGGAGGAAAUUGUUGAAGAAAACGAAACCACACAGGAAACGCCAAACGAAUCUGUUGAGCACACCAUCAAUAUUGUUGAGGGCAAACCGGUAGCUCACGAUAUUGAACAAAUAAUACAGAAUGUUAAUGAACAUCAACCUGAUGCACAAAUUGUUAACAUCACGGAAGAUGAGCCAAAAGUCGAAACCUAUUCUAGAACUACCAGUGACGGUAAUAUAACCAAAACGACGACUGUAAUUAAGCGUAGAAUUAUUACAAAAAUUAUUGAUGGAAAAGAAGUGCUCAUUGAUGAAGGUGAAGAUGUAAGCCCAGUUGUAGAGCGAGUGAGUGUGGUAGAAAAUCAACCAGCAUUUAUUAAGGAAACCAUGAUUUCGCCUGUCAUCGAAAACACACCGAUAGAACCAAUUAUUAUAGACGAACCAGUGCAAGCGCCAGUUGUAGAGUCCGUUGAUGUAGUUGUCGAAGACAACAUAUCAACUAGUGUCACCGAUUUCAUCAGCGCUGAAAAGCAAAAAACUGAUAAACCACAAAAACCUGCUAAAAAAGACAAGAAAGAGAAAAAGAAAGCCAAACCCGAAAAGCAGGUGCAGGCAACAGUUAUCGAUACAUUUGUGUCGGAAGAGAAUAUCUCAGCCACAAAUGUACCGGUUACGAAGGUUGAGGUACCACCAGUUGAGUCAGUCGAGAAGCGUCUGGAAGAGACGGCGACGGAGCCUACGGUGGAACCCACAGUUCCUGCAGAAAAGCCAAUGAAACGUGUUGCUUUCGCUAUAGAUGUUGAACCGGUUGAAACAAAUGUGGAAGUUACUCUACCCGUUCCUAAGGAACGAACAGAUAUCAAAACUUUGACAAACGACUUUUUGAGCGGCGAAAAACAAACACAACAACCAAUUGUACAGAAAGUCGCCGAAAUUACAAUUACAGAGCCACAGCCUCUUUUAGAAACCACAGAGCCCCUGAAUGAAAUAAGUGCAAUACCAAACAGAACAGAAAAAGAAACUACACUAGACGAUAAUGAAGUCGUAAAGACCACGACGGUUCGUAAGACCAAAUUUGUUAAGAAAAUAACACAGAAGAAACAAGAAUCGCCUGAGCCGCAAAACGUGCCGACGCCACCAGAGAAUAUUGACGUGGCAGAGGAAGCGAGGGAGGAGCCCACAAUUGAGAAAUCCGAAUCGAUUGUGCGUGAAGUAGCAGACAGUGGUGUCGUAAAAACGACGACCGUACGUACAAUGAGCAUCAAGUCACAGAAUGUCAACGAAAGUGAAGUCUCCGAGGCCACAGAAGAAGUGGCAGAAAAGGAAACAACACCAAUACCCACAACAGCAGAAGAAGAAAAGAUCUCGAAAGUAGAUACAACUGAGACUUUAACAAUCGGCGAUGUACCAACUAUAGACAAACAAAAACUUACAUCAGUUGAAACGGAUGAAACGUACAGCGGUGAGGUUAUUAAGACAAUUCGUGUGCGCAAAACGAAAACUGUGAAAAAGAUUACACAAAACGUGGAAGAAUCCACGACGGAAAAACUUAGCACGGAUGUUGCGGCAAAAGAGGAUACUGAGGGUCAAUUAUUAGCUGAAGAGCCCAAUGACAUUGUGACAGAUGCCGAUGACAAUAGCGGUGUAGUAAAAACUGUAACUGUACGUACGACAAGCUUCGUGCGACGUAUACCAAAUGAUGAGACAACACAAUCGGAAACGAGUGAAACCAACAGUGAAGAAAAGCAAAGAAAAUCACCUUUGCUCAUUGAAGAGCCAAGUGAAAGCUCAACAACCACUACACAAAUGGACGGCGCUAUCAUAAAAACGACAACCAUACGUACAAUGAGAUUAAACAAGACUAUUGCUUCAGAUGGGCGUAUACUAUUGAAAGAGAUAGAUAAUCCAGAUGACGUCAUAGUUACCUCCUCAAUUGAAAUGCCCGAUCAGGCAACAAUGCCGGAAGAAAAGAUCCCUGACGUCACUGUAUCGUCUGAAACUUUGACAACGGCAUACGUACCCACUGAAAGCACUAGUGCAAAGGUCCAACCAAGUGGUAUUGAUGAGGUUCAAAUUAUUGAUUCGGCAAAUAAUGUACAAACGAAAGCACAGAGUACUGGCAUUAAGGUAGUUGAUAUCGAAACAAAAGAGUUGCCAAAUGUUGAGGAACAGCUAAACACGCAAGAAACCAGCUCCACUGAUAGUACGCAAAUCUCUAGCACCACCACCUCUGACAUUACAGUCACCAAUAAGACAUUGAUUACACAAACUAACGAACAAUCUACCCAAUCCACCACUACCGUCACCAAACGCACUAGACUGACCACCAUACAAAGACCCAGUUUUGAAACUCAAGACAGCGAGCCAUUACAACUUGUUAGUGAACAAUACAAUAGCCCAUAUAAAUCAGGUGAAAUACGAAAAAUAGCGCUCAUAACUCAUGAGGAGAAGUACAAAGAACCUAAAAUGAGAAUGCAUUUCGAUUUCCCACCUGUUAGUCUACAAGUUACCGAGACCUUAACCCAAACGUUAGAGAAUGCUGCAAAUACUUCCGAAGAGAAGAAGCUUGUAGAAGAAGUGGUCAAUCAGCAAGUACAUACAGAGAGCACAGAAGUAGUUAGCCAACAGGUAGAGAUAGAAAAAGAAACACAGAGUACGGUAGCAGAGAAGCUUAUUGAAGAGGUAGAUGUAGUUAGUAACGUAACUUCGACACCAGUUGUGCCCGAUACGGAAACUACGAAUGAAAAGUUAGAUGAAAUAGUUGAGGAGCAGAAACUGCGAACUCGCACAGAAAAGACAGAUUCGCUUAUUGAAAAGGUGUGCGAAGAGCAGUUACAGGAAGAAUUCAAUAUUGAAAUUAAUGACAGCAAAUUACAAAAUGUUGAACCAGUCACACCAACAACAGCCGUUGGAAAUGUUGCAGUGUCCGCCGCCAUACCUGUAGAAGUAGGAAGUCAGAUUGUAGAAAAGUUAGCAGAAACCGUUGUUACGCAGGCUAAAUCGGUAGAUACACAAGAUUUCGUAACCGAUUUGACCGCGGAGGAACAAGAACUGUUUGAGGAUAUUAAGAAGAAGCUAUCAAAGAAAGACAAAAAGAAGCGUCCAGCGCUACCUGAAGAUUUCUUCAAACAACAAGAAAUCGAUAGUACCAUGCAAUUAAUUACAGAGGAACGUUUAGUUAGCGAAGCUAGUGGCUUAGAGAAACAAGAACAUGUAGUAGAAGACUUGUUAGUUGUCAAAGAACCACAAAUAAAUACUGUAGUAGAGCAAAAUAUACCCAGUGAAUUGGUUAAAGAGGAAACAAGCAAGACAGACGAACUUUAUCACAAAUUAAUUGAAAAUGAAGAUUUCGUUAUUGAGUCGCAUGUUGAGCUUAUAGAAGAACCAAAGGUUGAAGAAGAAGAAGUGCAAGACAUAACAAAAUUGCCUGAAGUAAACGAACCCACUAAUAUUGCUAACGCUAAUGAAUUACCUGCUGCUAAACCCAGCGCUAGCGAUCUAACUGAAGAACCUAGUGCUAGUACUUCUUCAUUAACUUGCUUUGAAGUGCCUAAAUAUAAUAUAACCGAACUGCAAUUAGCCGAAAAGAGUUAUAUUGAAGUGAGUAGCAAACACCCUGAACCCAAAACAGAAGACUUAUCUCAGCAAAAUGAAGAUACCCCAGUUAGUGCUGUAAAUGAUAGGGACCCAAGUGAAAUUCCAAGUGAUAUAAUUUACGAAUUACCGAAAUACGAUGUCUCUGCUCUGGCGCGAGCUGAAUAUAAAUACCACAUCCAGAACCCAGACGUUGAAGCACCUAAAUUGGAGACCACUGCAACUGAGGUAAGUGAUUUAGAAGAAUCAAACUUAGUUAAGAAGCUAGCAGAAGUAGAGUUAGGUGAAAAAGAAGAUAAGUUAGUUUCUGAAACCACAACCACAAUAACAACCACAACAACAACCACGAUUUCAACAAAUGAAGAUAUUUCUGAAACUGCGAAAACCGAAAUGGUGAAUGUUGAAGCACCAGUAAUUGAGGAAGUGCCCAAGCAAAUCAUGGAAGUAACAGAGACUGUAUCAGUAGAACCGUAUGAAGAGUUGAAGCGUGAAGAAAAAUCAACUGAUUCUCACUACGUUGAAGAGACACCAGUCACCACUAAUAUUACAGCGGUUACCACUGCAAGUAAUCUCGCUGCGACUGCUCUUGAUUAUGAAAUUUUGGAAAUACCUAAGUAUAACUUAGAAGCCAUUAAAUUAGCUGAGAAAUUGUUCGUAACAAGCAUAGCUAAGCAAAUAGCUGACGUUGAAUCAGAAACUAAAAUACCACAAAAACAGGAAUCUGUGGAAAUUUUGGAUUCUAACAAAGACGAAGUUGCUAAGCCGCUGGUAACUGAAACAAUACCCGACACUACACGGACACCUGCCGAACCACACUUCUACUCCUUUGAAGUUUCAAAGUAUGAUCAUAAAGCUUUGCUCGCUGCUGAGAAUUAUUUUCCAUUGUUCAUUGGACAGCGCGAUGACGCAGAACAGGUUACCACUGUUAUCACUGAAGCAGUGGAAGUACAGACACAAGAUACAAAACCUUUGGAAGAAAUCAAAGUACAAGAAGAAGAGAUAACCAUCACAAACGUUGAAGAAGCAAAUUCAGUUACUGUUUCAGAAGAAUCAUCACCAGUUUCUCAAACUACGCACACUACCACCUCAGCCACUGAAGUCACCGUAACAACGGAGAUAACGGUUCCCGAAUCCAAGCCGGUAGAAGAAACUUCUUUAGUGGCUGAAGAGAAACCAAUCGAAAAGGUCGAAGAUGUGAAACCAGCAGCUGAGGUUGUAGAAUCGCAACUUAUUGUAGAACAACCUAUCGAACCAGUAAAAGAAGAAGAAAAGUCCGAAGCAACUAUCACUCAGUCCACUUCGCAAACCACUACUACAACCACUGUAGUUACCGAAACAGUAGAAGUAAGUGCAACAGAUUCAAAACCAGUCCAAGAAUCUCCUGUUGUGGCUGAAGAAAAACAAAUUGAAAAGGUUGAGGAAGUGAAACCCGCAGAAGAGGUCAUAGAUUCGCAACCUAUUGUAGAACAACCAAUCGUACCAGUAACAGAAGCACCGAAGAAAGCUGCUUAUGCUGGUCUUCCGAUUGACGAAUCUUCAGGUACAUGGAUGGAUGUCCUCGAUGAGCCAAUGGUAUUCUCCGACGAAGAAGAAACCAAGGAAGAACCUGUUACCCAGACUUCCUCGCAAACUACUACCACAACUAUUGUAGUUACUGAAACCGUAGAAUCAAAGACUUCAGAACCGAAACCUGCAGAAGAAGUUUCUUUAGUGGUUGAAGAGAAACCAAUAGAAAAGGUUGAGGAAGUGAAACCAGUAGAAGAAGUCGUUGAAGUGAAUGCUGUUGUGGAACAACCCGCUGCACCCGCCAAGGAAGAACCAAAGAAACCUGCUUACGCUGGUCUUCCAAUUGACGAAUCUUCAGGUACUUGGAUGGAUGUCCUCGACGAACCAAUGGUAUUCUCCGAUGAAGAAGAAACCAAAGAAGAACAUGUUACCCAGACUUCCUCGCAAACUACUACCACAACUAUUGUAGUUACUGAAACCGUAGAAUCAAAGACUUCAGAACCGAAACCAUUAGAAGAAGUAUCAAUAUUGGUUGAAGAGAAACCAAUCGAAAAGGUUGAGGAAGUGAAACCAGUAGAAGAAGUCGUUGAAGUGAAAGCUGUUCCGGAACAACCCGCCGCACCUGUCAAGGAAGUACCCAAGAAACCUGCUUACGCUGGUCUCCCAAUUGACGAAGAAGAAGUUUCUGUUGUGGUUGAAGAGAAAUCUAUCGAAAAGGUUGAGGAAGUUAAACCAGUAGAAGAAGUUGCUGAAGUGAAUGCUGUUGUGGAACAACCCGCUGCGCCCGCCAAGGAAGAACCCAAGAAACCUGCUUACGCUGGUCUUUCAAUUGACGAAUCUUCAGGUACUUGGAUGGAUGUCCUCGACGAACCAAUGGUAUUCUCCGAUGAAGAAGAAACCAAGGAAGAACCUGUUACCCAGACUUCCUCGCAAACUACUACCACAACUAUUGUUGUUACUGAAACCGUAGAAUCAAAGACUACAGAACCGAAACUAUUAGAAGAAGUAUCAAUAGUGGUUGAAGAAAAACCAAUCGAAAAGGUUGAGGAAGUGAAACCAGUAGAAGUAGUCGUUGAAGUGAAUGCUGUUGUGGAACAAUCCACAGCGCCCGCCAAGGAAGAACCCAAGAAACCUGUUUACGCCGGUCUUCCAAUUGACGAAUCUUCUGGUACUUGGAUGGAUGUCCUCGACGAACCAAUGGUAUUCUCUGACGAAGAAGAACAAGUAGAAGAACCUGUUACCGAAACUAUCUCUCAGACUACCAUCACAACUACUGUAGUUACCGAAACAGUAGAAUCAAAGACUUCAGAACAUAAAUCAGUAGAAGAACUUUCUGUAGUGGUUGAAGAGAAACCAAUAGAAAAGUUUGAGGAAGUGAAACCAGUAGAAGAAGUCGUUGAAGUGAAAGCUGUUCCGGAACAACCCGCCGCACCUGUCAAAGAAGAACCCAAGAAGCCUGCUUACGCUGGUCUCCCAAUUGACGAAGAAGAAGUUUAUGUUGUGGUUGAAGAGAAACCUAUCGAAAAGGUUCAGGAAGUUAAACCAGUAGAAGAAGUUGUUGAAGUGAAUGUUGUUGUGGAGCAACCCGCUGCACCCGUCAAGGAAGAACCCAAGAAACCUGCUUACGCUGGUCUUCCAAUUGACGAAUCUUCUGGUACUUGGAUGGAUGUCCUCGACGAACCAAUGGUAUUCUCCGAUGAAGAAGAAACCAAGGACGAACCUGUUACCCAGACUUCCUCGCAAACUACUACCACAACUAUUGUAGUUACUGAAACCGUAGAAUCAAAGACUUCAGAACCGAAACCAUUAGAAGAAGUAUCAAUAGUGGUUGAAGAGAAACCAAUCGAAAAGGUUGAGGAAGUGAAACCAGUAGAAGUAGUCGUUGAAGCGAAUGCUGUUGUGGAACAACCCACAGCGCCCGCCAAGGAAGAACCCAAGAAACCUGCUUACGCCGGUCUUCCAAUUGACGAAUCUUCUGGUACUUGGAUGGAUGUCCUCGAUGAACCAAUGGAAUUCUCUGACGAAGAAGUGAAGUCAGAGGAAACUGUGGAUUUGAGACCCAAUGAAGUGAGUGCACCAGUAUAUCUACCAACAGACAAAAGUAAAUUCGAGCUCAUUGAGGAGAAACCUAAAAACAAGAAAAUUGUGACGUUCGAAGAUGAGAGUUCUCAUGAAAUUUUGGAAACUAAACCUGUUGACUCGUUUGUCCCUUAUGAGAAUGUGCAACUUGCACCAGAAAUUGUGCAUUACCCUGUCAGUAACUUCUCGGAAGACAUAAGCAUAGGUGAAAGCGAAUUGUUGGUUAUGCCUAAAUGGUCUGAUGGUAAACCACUUCAGGAGGAGAAAACUGUUAUUGAUACAUGGUCAAGCGUAUUAGAGGAUUCAUCACCUAUUUCACCAAAUAUAGCGUUUACUUCAAAAUUAUCUCCGGAUGCGCCAGAAUUUACCCCAUCUUAUUUACGGCAGGCAGACUCUGAUCAAAACAUACUUUUCUUGGAAAGCGAAAGAAAUCUUAACACUUCCGUGGCUGGACAGAAGCAACUCGAGAAAGUGCAGAAAAAGUCUAAACAACAAAAAAGAGAAGAAAACUUGCAGAAAGUUGUUGCAGAAGAGAAGCAUAAUGACAAACCUUCAAAACUCAAUGUUGAUGCCGCGGAGUUUAAAGUUGCAGCCGAUACAAGGGACACAAGUACAACACGAGGAAAGUCCUAUGCUGAUAUUGUGUUUGGUGAUCAUUCGCACAUAGGGGAAUCUAAACCAAGCCUUUCCGUUGUCGAAAGUCAGACUGUAGCAGUAGAAAAGGUUGUCGACAAGGUUGUCCCUGUUGAGAGUAUUAAACCUAAGGAAGAGAAGAAAAAGAAAACAAAGAAAGAGAAACGCAGAACUGAACAAGUCGUUAAAGCAAUUGAACCGGAAGCAGAGGAAGUACCAGAGAAAGAGCCUGAAAAUGUUGAGGUAAUAUUAGAACCAACCAUUUCAGAUCUCCCACAAACUGUAUCAGAUAGUUCGCCUCAACCAAUGCUUUCAUGGUCUUCUAUUGUGAAGAAGCCGGGUGAAUGGGUCGAUGACAUCGUUAGCAAAACAAAGAAGGUAUUUGUCGAGAGUGAUAAAAAGGUAUCCAGCACUGAAAGAAAAACAGAAAAGGAAGUUACCAAAGGAAAGCCUAUAUCAAAAGAAAGGGAAGAAAAGCCCAAAAAGACUAAGAAGCACAAAACUAAGGAAGAUUUGACGAAACAAGACAAGCUUCCUGAAACACAUACUCAUACCAAACCUGAUGACGCUGACUUCUUGGAAAGUGACGAAUCCGAUAUAUUGAAAGAAAAUGGUCAGAGUCCAGUGAUAUCUGAAGAUGAGCGUCAGCUUAAUGUGGAAAUAGCAGUUGUACCUGAUAACGAUGCAAAAACAAAACCUGAAGGAAGCGUUAUAUCCUGGGCGUCAUUAGUAAGCAGACCAGGAGAAUGGAUAGACGAAACUGUUUCUAAACAAAAAGUGCCAGCGGAACCCGUUCAGAAGGCCGAAAGAGCAAAACCAUCAAAAAUCAAAGAAAAGAAAACGAAAACAAAACCUAAACCUGAGAAAGUAACUAAAAAAGAAGAGUCUCAUGUCGAACAGACUGUCGACUCAAAUGUUGAAGAGAAAAGCGAUAAUAUAGUUGAGGUAGACCAAGUUGCGACUGUUAUAGAAGCAGAAGAAGUAACACUUGAAACAAAGAAACCAGAAGCUCCUUCUCAACCGCAAGGCUUUUCAUGGGCAGCUUUAGUAAAACGGCCUGGUGAAUGGGUCGAUGAUAUAAAAGAACGGAGAAAGGUGGAGAAAAUACCUGAGUCUAUUAACAGUGAAACAAUCUCAAAAUCAGAGACCCAAACCAGACAAACUAAAAUCACGAAAUCUGUUACUAAAAAAGUUAAGGAAAACACCCGUGUUUCUAAAGAGAGAACUCAAAAAGAUACUUCCCUUGUUACAACAUCUGACAGUGACUCAGAUAAGCAAGAAAGCCAACAGACACAGCGUGUUCCUCAGUCGAAUAACAUGACAUGGGCCAAAGUUGCAAGUCAAACAAACGAUAACUUAAUUGAAGUACAGACCCCCACAGACAAAGAAAUUCGUAAACCUAAGGAAACAAAACAAGUUAAAGAGUUCGCCCAACCUCAAGAAAAACUGAUACCUAUAUCUAAAAAAGAAGAAAGCAAAGAAAUACCUGCAGUUCAACCUGCUCCUUCUAAAAUGUCAUGGGCCUCGAUAGUAAGCCAAUCCACAACAGAUUUCAUUAGCAAUGAGCGAAAUAGACCCGCUCCGAAGACUGAAAAUGUCAAACCUGUUCCACAGAAAGCUCAAAAAAUUGUAAAGCUCGAAAAUAUAAAGAUAGGGGAACAAGAGCCUACUUUUGAGCACAAACAAACUCUGGAUGAUUUCGAAUGGGAUAACAUCACCGAAACAACUCUUACAGCGACCGAUCAAGUAAGUGAACACGACGAUUGUCAUAAUCAAUCUAAAUCUUGGAAAGAUAUGAUUGAUGAAGACUCUGAUGACAUAUUUUGUGAAGACAUUCCAACUACACACACUGAGUCUAAAUCACAAGAAAAGUUUGUUGAAGAGAAACCCACUGAACAGGGACAAGAUACGAAAAAGGGUAAAGAGUUGAUUGAAGUGCAAAAUAUAACAGAACAACCCACAAAGUUAGUGAUAGAAGAAAGUGUCUCUCAGGCUACCCCGAAACCCACUACCACAAUUAUUGUUGUUACUGAAACAGUAGAAUCAAAGACUUCUGCACCGAAAAAAAUAGAAGAAGUUUCUGUAGUGAUUGAAGAGAAACCUAUUGAAAAGGUUGAGGAAGUGAAACCAGUAGAACAAGUCGUUGAAGUGAAAGCUGUUGUGGAACAACCCGCUGCUCCUGCCAAGGAAGAACCCAAGAAACCUGCUUACGCUGGUCUUCCAAUUGACGAAACUUCAGGUACUUGGAUGGAUGUAAUCGAUGAACCAAUAGUAUUUUCUGACGAAGAAGAAAACGCAGAAGAACCUAUUACCGAGACUAUCAUUCAGACUACCACCACAACUACUAUUACUGAAACCGUAGAAUCAAAGACAUCAGAACCGAAAACAGUAGAAGAAGUAUUUGUAGUGGUUGAAGAGAAACCUAUCGAAGCGGUUGAAGAAGUUAAACCAGUAGAAGUAGUCGUUGAAGUAAAAGCCGUUGUGGAACAACCCACUGCACCCGUCAAGGAAGAACCCAAGAAACCUGCUUACGCCGGUCUUCCAAUUGACGAAUCUUCUGAUACUUGGAUGGAUGUCCUCGACGAACCAAUGGUAUUCUCCGAUGAAGAAGAUAUCAAGGAAGAACCUGUUACCCAGACUUCCCCGCAAACUACUACCACAACUAUUGUAGUUACUGAAACCGUAGAAUCAAAGACUUCAGAACCGAAAACAGUAGAAGAAGUAUCUGUAGUGGUUGAAGAGAAACCUAUCGAAGAGGUUGAGGAAGUUAAACCAGUCGAAAAAGUUGCUGAAGUGAAAGCUGUUGUGGAACAACCCACUGCACCCGUCAAGGAAGAACAAAAACCUGCUUACGCCGGUCUUCCAAUUGACGAAUCUUCUGGUACUUGGAUGGAUGUCCUCGACGAACCAAUGGUAUUCUCCGACGAAGAAGAAAUCAAGGAAGAACCUCUUACAGAGACUACCUCGCAAUCUACUACUACCACAACUACUGUAAUUACCGAAACGGUAGAAUUAAAGACUUCAGAACCGAAAACAGUAGAAGAAGUAUCUAUAGUGGUUGAAGAGAAACCUAUCGAAGCGAUUGAAGAAGUUAAACCAGUAGAAGUAGUUGUUGAAGUGAAAGCCGUUGUGGAACAACCCACUGCACCCGUCAAGGAAGAACCCAAGAAACCUGCUUACGCCGGUCUUCCAAUUGACGAAUCUUCUGGUACUUGGAUGGAUGUCCUCGACGAACCAAUGGUAUUCUCCGAUGAAGAAGAAAUCAAGGAAGAACCUGUUACCCAGACUUCCUCGCAAACUACUACCACAACUAUUGUAGUUACUGAAACCGUAGAAUCAAAGACUUCAGAAUCGAAAACAGUAGAAGAAGUAUUUGUAGUGGUUGAAGAGAAACCUAUCGAAGCGGUUGAAGAAGUUAAACCAGUAGAAGAAGUUGUUGAAGUGAAAGCUGUUGUGGAACAACCCACUGCACCCGUCAAGGAAGAACCCAAAAAACCUGCUUACGCUGGUCUUCCAAUUGACGAAUCUUCAGGUACUUGGAUGGAUGUCCUCGACGAACCAAUGGCAUUCUCUGACGAAGAAGAAAACACAGAAGAAACUGUUACAGAAACUACCUCGCAAUCUACUACUACAACAACUACUGUAAUAACUGAAACAGUAGAGUCAAAGACCUCAGAAUCGAAACCAGUAGAAGAAGUUUCUGUAGUGGUUGAAGAGAAACCAAUAGAGAAGGUUGAGGAAGUUAAACCAAUAGAAGAAGUUGUUGAAGUGAAAGCUGUUGUGGAACAGCCCACAGCACCCGUCAAGGAAGAACCCAAGAAACCUGCUUACGCUGGUCUUCCGAUUGACGAAUCUUCAGGUACUUGGAUGGAUGUCCUCGACGAACCAAUGAUAUUCUCCGACGAAGAAGAAAACACAGAAGAACCUGUUACAGAGACUACCUCGCAAUCUACUACUACAACAACUACUGUAAUAACUAAAACAGUAGAAACAAAGACUUCAGAACCGAAAACAGUAGAAGAAGUAUCUAUAGUGGUUGAAGAGAAACCUAUCGAAGCGGUUGAAGAAGUUAAACCAGUAGAAGUAGUCGUUGAAGUGAAAGCCGUUGUGGAACAACCCACUGCACCCGUCAAGGAAGAACCCAAAAAACCUGCUUACGCUGGUCUCCCAAUUGAUGAAUCUUCUGGUACUUGGAUCGAUGUCCUCGACGAACCAAUGGUAUUCUCUGACGAAGAAGAAAACAAGGAAGAACCUGUUACCCAGUCUUCCUCGCAAACUACUACCACAACUAUUGUAGUUUCAGAAACCGUAGAAUCAAAGACUUCAGAACCGAAAACAGUAGAAGAAGUAUCUGUAGUGGUUGAAGAGAAACCUAUCGAAGAGGUUGAGGAAGUUAAACCAGUCGAAAAAGUUGCUGAAGUGAAAGCUGUUGUGGAACAACCCACUGCACCCGUCAAGGAAGAACCCAAGAAACCUACAUACGCUGGUCUUCCGAUUGACGAAUCUUCAGGUACUUGGAUGGAUGUCCUCGACGAACCAAUGAUAUUCUCCGACGAAGAAGAAAACACAGAAGAACCUGUUACAGAGACUACCUCGCAAUCUACUACUACAACAACUACUGUAAUAACUAAAACAGUAGAAACAAAGACUUCAGAACCGAAAACAGUAGCAGAAGUAUCUGUAGUGGUUGAAGAGAAACCAAUAGAGAAGGUUGAGAUAGUGAAACCAGUAGAAGAAGUCGUUGAAGUGAAAGCUGUUACUAAACAACCCGCUGCACCUGCCAAGGAGGAACCUAAGCAACGUGCUAAUGCCGUUUCUUCAAUUGACGAAUCUGCAAGUGUUUGGAUGGAUGUGCACGAAAAACCAAUCUCAAGUUGGGCGGACAUUGUUACUGAGACAAUCGAGCAAGAACAACCAGUCAAAGAGAAAGAGAAAUUCAAUAAAAAGAAGACCAAGAAGGAUACAAAUAUAGAUUCUGUACCAGCGGUACAGCGUGGACGCAUGUCAGUGCACGAAAGUGCCUCAUCUUUUAUAGAGCAGGAAAGACAGCAUACUAUGCAAGCAAAAAGCAAACCUGAGCUCAAAAUUCAGCCGAAAGAUAUUCCUGAUAUUAAAACACCAGCCACAACUAUGUCGUGGUCCGAUAUAGUUAAACAAGAGAGCAAUGGAACUAAACCGGAAAAAACUGCUGAAAAGAAAGAAUUGCCGGUUCCUAAAAACACCAGUGUAGAUAUUGAGGUAUCACAAGUUGAUGUGCCUGAGGUUUCGCAUUCUCACAGAUUAGAAAUCGUAACGGAUAAAACACCAAAGGAAAAGACGAAGAAACAAAAGUCCAGAAAGACCAAGAUGGAAGAACCGCCAAAAGAAUCUUACACAGUUCAAACAUAUCCUCAUGAAUCUACAAAUAUUGAGCAACCCAUUUCGUCUACUGCUUUACCAUGGUCUGUUAUUGUUAGUCAAAAUGUUGUGGAAGUUCCGAUUACAAAUAUAGGCGAAAUUGCGGAGAUUGCUGAACAGAGAACACGACAGAUUAAGAACGGUGAAAGCACAUUAAAACAAAUUCCUGUUGAUGAACAUUCCCAGCAUAAACAUAGCAAAGAACAGAUACAAACAUUUAUUGGACAUGAAAUUCAUCAUUCCAAGAGUUCUCGAUCAAAACCGGUUGCAGAAGUGCCAACAACUUCUACACCUAUUGAACCUGUUGAAGAUAUUUUACCUGCAGACAAGGAAGUUGUUGAAGUCUCUUUAUCUUGGUCAGAUAUGGUUAAUGAAGAGCAGGAAGAGGAAAUUGUUCCACAACCAGUAAUAGAUACUCCCUCAGAACCAGUAAAUAGCCUAAAUACUUUGGAAGAAACACAAUCUCUCCAUAAGGCUGAGUUAAUAGAUGAAGAGAAAUUGACUGACAAACCAGAACCAACGCAUCCGAAAGAAAAGAAAGAGAAAUCAAAGAAGCAAAAGCUUAAAAAAGAAAAACGAGGACCUUCUAUUUCAGAUGAAACUGAAAAAGCUCAAAUUCUAGAAACUACUACAAUUGUUGAACCUGUCAAACACGAAGAAUCUGUCAAACAUGAAGAAACUGUCACGCAAAAACCUGUGGUUAUACCAUCUGUUUGGUCUAGAUCUGAAACGUACGCAGAAGUGGUGAGAAAGUCUGGUUUGACUGAAAAAUCUAAAAUUCGAUAUCAGGAGCCAGAAGUAAAAUCUGAUGUGCUGGAUAAAUCGCUUGAGACCGAAGCAUCAAGCGAUAAUUUCGACAUUUAUUCUUCUCUGGAAAAUGUUGCAGUGUUGGAGCAGGAAAAAUCAGAUAUCAUAUUUGAGGAACAUAUAGAAAAUGUUACAACUUUACCGGAAGUCGAACCCGAAGUUGAGUUUGAAAUACUUCAGAAGCCAUCGUUUGCCGAAACAGAGACAGAAAGUUCAGAAUUACCAACUGAAACGGCUGAAUUGUCAUGGAAAGAAAUAAUCGAAAAUGAAGAUGCAGAUCAAGUACAACCAGAAAUAACGUCGUGGGCUUCUGAAAUGACGUGGAAAGAAAUAAUGGAUGAUAAAAACCAACAUUCAACGGAACCAGGAACAUCAUCUUGGGCGUCCAUCGUUAGAAGUUUUGCUCCACAAGAAUCUGAAGAGAAACCAUUCGCAGCACAAGAUAAUAAAGAAUUUGAAGGCACCGUGACUUCAAGUCGUACAUCGCGCCCAAUAGAACGGCCAAUUAUUCAAAUUACGGAAACGUCAACUGUGACGGAGGAAACUGAAAGGAAAGAUGAUGAAGGAUUCCUUGAGGCCGUUUCUAAGAAAGAAAAACAACGAAGAAGAUCACGAUCUCGUUCACAGCAAUCAGUUCCAGAAGAAGUCGCACGAUCUCAAAAACAUACAAAAACGAAAAAAGAGAAGACCAAACUAGUUCGUCAAGACCUUAGUACUAAUCAACCAAAGGCAAUUCCAUCAGAUAGUUUAACGACCAAAAUACCGUUACAAGAACCUGAACAGGUGUCCAAAAUAGUUGAGGACAAAAAGGUAGAAACACAGCAAAAAGUCAUAACACCACUUACAACCGGGCUAUCAUGGGCUGCAAUCGCUGCACAAAAUGUACCAGAGCCUGUCCAACAUAUAAGGCCUCUCUAUGAUGAACUACCAAUCGAACCAGCCGAAACUGAAUUUGACGUCAUCGCUGAAGAAAAAUUGCCUGUGAAAACGGCAAUUGCGCUAGAACCUGAAACGAAAGAAAAAGCCAAAAAAUCCAAGAAAAAGAACAAAAGAAAACCAGCGGAAAACGUUGAGCCAGGAGACCUGCAUGUAGAAUUGUCUGAAGAAAAUACUGAAAGCAUUAAACCGACAUCCACUGCGCCCACUACAUCCGAUGCCUUUGUGAGCCAAACAUCGUAUUGGUCUGCCAAAUUGCAGCCUCAGCUAAAGGUUUCAACGACUGAAGUCGAUGCAAAAUCUAUGGAACAGGUUCCUGAGAAUAUAGAAGUUUCUGACAUUGUACAGAUUACCGAAGAAGUUGCCGUACAAUCACCAACAAAUCAACCAACUACGUGGUCAGCACUCAUACAAACUGAAACUACCGUCUUUCCAGAACCAAUAAUCGAUAGUCAACAGCCUGAACAGUCGGUUCCAUGGACAACUCUUGUUGUAAGUAAAACAACAGAUUUCCAAGCGCCCAAAGCACAAGAAGUCACAAAUGCUACUACUGAUUUCCUUAAUCUGGAAAGAACUUCAGCAGACAAGCAAUCAUUUGUAAAAGUUAAGGGCUUUUCCUAUGCUGAUGUUGUAAAGACCGAAGAGCUUCCUGCGCAGGCAAUCAAAACAGUUCCUGUAAAGGAGUCAUCUAUCGUGACUGAAAGUGUGAAAGGAUCACCAACGGUUAUCGAUGUAUUUGAGUCAACUAGUAAAGCUUAUAUAGCUCAAGAACCUAAACAAACCGUGAAGGAAUCAACUAAGGUUGUUGAAAUGGUACAAACGACUAUAGUCGAAACUACAGAACACGAGCUUGUGAAUGAACCUGAAGUUGUUGAAAUACUGGAACCAACUAAAGACACUGAAAGUCCUCAGGAAACUGAACGUAACGUAGAGGAAUCAACCAAAGUAGUUGAGGUGGAAGAAAAGACUACAGUCAAAACUACAGAUCUCGAGCUUGUGAAAGAACCUGAAGUUGUUGAAAUACUGGAACCAACUAAAGAACCUGAAAGUCCUCAGGAACCUGAACAAAGCAUAGAGGAAUCGACCAAGGUUGUUGAGGUCGUGGAAACGACUACAGUUGAAACUACAGAACACCAGCUUGAGAAAGAACCUGAAGUUGUUGAAAUACUGGAACCAACUAAAGAACCUGAAAUUCCUCAGGAAACUGAACGUAACGUAGAGGAAUCAACCAAAGUAGUUGAGGUGGUGGGAACGACUACAGUUGAAACUAGAGAACCAGAGCAUGUGAAAGAACCUGAAAUUGUUGAAAUACUGGAACCAACUAAAGAACCUGAAAGUCCUCAGGAGCCUGAACAAAGCAUAGAGGAAUCAACCAAGGUUGUUGAGGUCGUGGAAACGACUACAGUUGAAACUAGAGAACCAGAGCUUGUGAAAGAACCUGAAGUUGUUGAAAUACUGGAACCAACUAAAGAACCUGAAAGUCCUCAGGAGCUUGAACAAAGCAUAGAGGAAUCAACUAAGGUUGUUGAGGUGGUGGAAACGACUACAGUGGAACCCCAACUUGAGAAAGAACCUGAAGUUGUUGAAAUACUGGAACCAACUAAAGAACCUGAAAUUCCUCAGGAGCCUGAACAAAGCGUAGAGGAAACAACCAAGGUUAUUGAGGUGGUGGAAACGAUUACAGUGGAAACUACAGAACCCCAGCUUGUGAAAGAACCUGAAGUUGUUGAAAUACUGAAACCAACUAAAGAACUUAAAACUCCUCACGAGCCUGAACAAAGCGUAGAGGAAUCAACCAAGGUUGUUGAGGUGGUAGAAACAACUACAGCUGAAAGUACAGAACCCCAGCUUGUGAAAGAACCUGAAGUUGUUGAAAUACUGGAACCUGAAAGUCCUCAGGAGCUUGAACAAAGCAUAGAGGAAUCAACGAAGGUUGUUGAGGUUGUAGAAACGAUUACAAUUGAAACCACAGAACCCGAAAUUGUGAAAAAACCAGAUAUUAAAGAAAUACUGGAACCAACUAAAGAACUUGAAACUCUUCUUGUGCCUGAGAUUGUAAGACAAGAAAUCGAAGUGAGGGAUUCGAAACGUGAUGUAACUAAGGAUUUCCUUGCAACAGAAAUAGCUAUGCAGGUUAAAGAUCAACAGCUAAAAGUUACUGAACAUGAAAAUCGUGAAGAAGUGGUUGUAAAUGUUCAAGAAACUGAACUAAGAAAGGAAGCAGAUGUAGUUGAAGAACAGAUUAGUACCUCUUUACCAGAUCAAAUCGUAGACUUUAUUAAAGGCGAGCGUGUAUCUAUAAUCUCACAAAUUGAAAAAGAUCCAAAGAUAAUUGAAGGGUUAGGUAUUGAUUUUAACCAAGUCGAUAACGGGUAUGCAGUUAUCGAACCUAUCGACUUCUCUGAUAAUGACGAUAACGACCUUUUAAGGGAGAAUAUGCGCUUAGAUAGCAGCACAUUAUUGCGUCCAAAUUAUGAAGAGUUUGAGUCAAAAUUACGAUUAGUUUUAGAUGCAGUAACUUCGAAAGCAGAAGUGCCAUCUGAGGCACAGAUAACAAAGUCUCCUCAAUCUGUUCAACUUGUAGAGCAACCAGUUAGUGCUGAUGAUGUGCCAUCUUCCGAAGAGAUAAUAAAGACUGCUCAAUCUGUCGAACUUGUAGAGCAACCAUCUAGUUCUGAUGUAUUGACUGAUGAACUCUUGCUUAACCUUACCCGAGAUACCUUUAUAAGACAAGUGCAUAGCUAUACCCAAUUGACGCAAUACGAACGUUAUUGGACACUUUUCGUAGAGUCUAAUAUUCACACCGAACUUGUACAAAAGACUGAAACUAUAAUGGCCGAACCAGUAGUGGUUGAAGCCAUUAUAGAACCAAUUGAUGAGCAGAAGACACAAAAGACUGAAAUACCAGCUUUAACAGAGCAAAUCAUUCCUACAGAACUAUCACAACUACCUGCUUCGAAUCUUGACACGCUAUGUAGAAACUUGUACAUGGAUGUGUGGCAACACGACACUAACGUCGAACUGGUGGUGAAUAGAAACGAACCGACAGUUGAAAGUGUGAUCUCGGUAAACGAAGACAAAGAAAAACCCACUGAAACAGUGACUGUAAUUGACGAACUGACUGAAGAAGAACAGAAUAAACAGACGAUAGACAUUAAAGAAAACAAAGAAGACGACAAAGAAGAAGAAGAAGAGGAGGAUGAAGAAAAAGUUGAAGAAAUUGACAAUAGCAAAACAGAUCGUGACUUUGAUGAACAUAAACGUGAUGACCGUGACGACCCUGGUAGUGGCAGUAGUGGUAAUGUUACGCCCACACCUGAACCCGACACCAAUGCGUACAAUCCAAAUCAAAGUUGUUCCUCAGAGUACAUGUCAACCGAUUUGCCAGGUGGUGUAGGUCAUUGGCACGAUCAAAGCACAUAUCUCGCUUUGAAUGCCGCCGCGGGUGAUGAACCCGAAGCGACAACCCUAACAGAGACAGAAUUUGUACACUCCGAAGUGCCGCUUGAGUUACUAACCGAAACUAAAACGCAAGUAGUACUAACACCAACAGCAACUGCAACGCCGUCAGCGUCCAAUAUUGUAAAUGUGUCCGAAACAACUCAACCCAUCCCCAUCCCAACCCUAUCCCAGACACCAACACCCGUUCCAACACCAACGCCAGCGUCACCAAUCAUUACCCAAACCGAAAAUGUACCCACUACCACCCAUGUCGAAAGCGACACCACAAGUAAGCUAACACAAUUGGCAGGCGCCAUUAUUAAUACCGUUAAUGUGGCCACCCACGCAACAACUACGGCAAUAACGGCAACUAAGGAAGCAGCAACAGCUGUGCUCGCGCCCAUCGUGACGGCGGCGAUCAGUGAUAAGGCAACAACACCGCAAACAAACGCACAAAAUACAAUACCAACAACAGCAACAACGCAAGAUACGAAGUUCGAAGAAGACAAAGUUGUUGAGGCGACGGUGACACUUCCAGCGCCUGCCGUUGAAGAGACGGUGACGCUGCCAACAACUGGAGCACCGUUGCAAAGGCAAGCAAUAGCAACGACAACAACAACAGCAACGGAAACUGAGUCGAUCGGUUCAGCUGUGCAACCAGCGGUGCUAGCACCUGCUGUGGCACCCCUUGCACCGCUGACAACAACGCAAACAACAACAACGACGACAACGGUCACCGACGAGUUGUAUCGCCCCGAAUUCGUGGUGCGUACCGAGUCCAAUGUGAUUAAGCGUACGACGACAACAACAACAGUAACGAGUACCACCACCGGCAGCGGUACAACGACGACGGCCAGCGAUGCAAGCGCUAGCUUAUUGCGUCAGCAACAACAACAACAACAACAGCAGCAGGACUUAACGCACGAUAUCGAAGAUUUACUGCAAUCCCUAUCGACGGUCGAAGAUGGCAUUGGUAAUUUGCCGAGCGCUAGUUUGGAUGGCAUGCUGCAAGGAUUGAAGCUAAUCCAAGAAAAUCUGGAAUACCAAGAAAAGGAAGCAACACGUCUACAAGAAAUCGGACAAACACUACCAACAGAUCCCGGCACUGAGCGCAUACUCAACGAGAUAAAAGAUCGUAUUGAUCUGUUAUUGCGUCGCACGCAGCAAGGGAUCACAAUGAUAGCGAACGCGAUGCACGGUCAGAAGAAGCGCGAGGAGGAACUCAACGAAUACCAAAUGCAUUUGAUUGCAUUGCAAGAAUGGAUUAUGGAAGUAUCGCAACAACUUAAAGACCUCGAACCGACACCCGAAGUCGCCGAGGAUGAGGAACAACUGAAAUCACAAGCCGAACGCAGCCAGCAAUUGCUACGUACGCUCAAGGAUAAACAGCAAUCGCUGGAGGAGUUGGUCGAGAAGACGCGUCUACUGCAGCAACAUGAAGACGUCGCACCAAUGGCCUGUGAUCUGAUGGAUCAGCUUGCACUUAUUAUCACGCUGCUGCGUGAACAAAUCACUGUCGCCACCACACGCAUUUAUACCAUCGAGAAGACUAUUGUGGAGCUGCGUAAAGCUAGACAGGAAGAAGAGCACCGCAAGCGCGUGGCAGCCGAUGCUUUGAUACAGCCACCAAUCAGCGCGCCAGUAUCCAUUGAAUCAAAUGCUAGCACCAUUGAUUCAACACCGAUGCCAGAGGAGGAAGUUAAACCAGUGCAAAUACAAGCACUCGCAGUAGAAACACAAACGUCCGAGAGUCUUGCCGCACCACAACCUCAACCAGUUGUGGAGACAUACACAGUUGAGGCGCAAACUAGUUUCGCAGAGCCAGUUGUGCCAUUAGCGCCUUUCGUCGAAACUACUGAGACUGCCAUGCAGACGCAGAAGGAGCGUAAGCCUACCGAGAACAUUUUAGUCACCUCCACCAUACAAGCCGGUCAGGAGACUAUACAGAUUGAUACUAUACCGAAUAAAGAGAUACCUGAAGUGCCAGAGGAUGUCGAAAUCGAAGCGCGUUAUCAUCAACAACCGCAAGGAGAUGUGGAUCGGGCCACCGAAUUGGUAUUGAAAAAUGUACCGCAAGCAUUCGAAACCACCUUUGUUGAACCCGACCAAACUACCACCGAAGUUGUGGUGGAUGCAGAUGGUACGAAGCACAUUAUUGUAAAGAAAGUAACGCGCACACGCCAACAGGUGGUGCAGCAUCAACAAAUCAGUUCAAUUGCCACGGUCACGGAUGCCGAUGGUAAUAUACAAAUUCAAUCGACCGGACAAUUGAAUUUGGAAAAUGUGCAAACUGCCGAUACCAGUGGUGAUGAUCAGCGCGGCUAUCAGACGGUGAUAACGCAGCAAACACGCGGUACUGUCGUAGACGGUUCGGAUCCAAAUGCAGUGGUCGUUAAGGAGUUCGAGACGGAGCCAACAAUCGAACGUUUUGAGCAACUGCAAACACCUGAGGGCCAACAAACCGAAAUGAUUACCGUUGUUAGUGAGGGUCCGACAACCACGGCCACUUCGCAAAGCAGCAUACGCGCGGUUGUGCAGCAAGUAACGCGCAAAAUCAUACGAAAGACACGUAAGAUUAUUAAGCGCAUCGUGGUAAUCGAUGGUGUGGAACAUGUCACCGAAGAGGUGGUUGAAGAGCCAGAAGAAAUCGAGGUCAGUGAAGAAGAGUUGCCACCACAAGUGAAUGUGAAUAUCAUACGCACCGUCAAUGGCAAAGUGGUGACCGAGGAAGAGUUCGAACGGCUGACGAAAGAACCAGGCGUGGUAAUUGAAGAGGUUUCGACUGAUUUGUUGGAACCGCAAUUGCCACAGACAAGCGCACCUGUAGACGAGGCUGUGCCGUUAGUGACAGACUCGACGCAGCCGCAACAGGUAUUUGAAAUUGAAUCUUCUACUAUUCCUACUACAACAACACAAACACAACCAACAACAACCAGUAUUAUAACAACAAGUACUACAGAAAGAACUACAACAACAUCAACAGACCAAGCACCAGUAGAAUUUGUUGAUUUGUCCGCACCAAAAGUAGUUGAACAAAGAAUAAUUGAAACCGUAGAAACUACUAGUACUAGCCCUGUUAAUAUUCCAGCGGACUUAAGUACGACACCCUAUGAACAGAUAAUAGUAGUUGAAGAGGAAGUUUCACCAAGCGUACAAAUCAUCGAACCAACUAAACUCAUAGAAAAUAUUCAUGAGAUUUGGCCAAAAGAACAUCAUUUGGUGCCAACUGAUAUCGAUUUCUCUCAUCACCCCGAUGACGCAACUAAACCAUCGGUUGAGACAUAUGAAGUUAAAGCAACCACUGAGUCCAAACCAGUGGAUACUGUUUGGCCAAUUGAUGAAGAUACGGGUUAUCCGGUUUCUCUGGAAGAAUACAAAUUCGAAAAAGUUGUAGAACCCAAAGGAAAGCCUAAAGAAAGUGAACCAGAUCAAAAGACGGCAACAGUGACAACAACAACUAUUACAACAGUCACUACUGAGCAGCUAUCGCCAGAAACCACUGAAUCAUCAGCACCCGCUGCCACUGAAUUAGUUAUGCCGCAAUUGGCUCCAUUUAAAGAGCCGGAAAGUAUUGCAGUAUUACCAAAAGAUGCUACCGACCCAGUAUCACAUGAUUCUGAACCACAAGUAUUAACAUCGGUUAAAGAACCUGAAAUCUCGUUAAUUGAAACUCAAGAACCUACUCCCGUACCUUUUGAACCAACAGUAUUAGAACCAGAACUACCAUCCUCACAAGUCACCAUUGUCAAGGAAGUACCUGAAGAGAGACCAACACAACCUGAAGAAAAGCUAGUCACUGAUGUUGCCACAACCGCAGAAGAACCAGAAACAAUUAUUGUGGAAACACCUGCCAGUGAGCUUGUUUCAUUAACAUCUACCGAAACAGUUACCAAAACGCCAUCUGAGGACAAGUUUCUGCAACCGUUACCUGCCGAAAAGUCCCAAAUCGACAUACGAGCUGCCACACAGCUCUUUAUUUCUGGUGAAGUCUUGGCCACUGACAGUGAUUCUCCACGAAAAUCAUUCACAGUGACUGCGCCAUCUAUUGAGCAAACCGGCAGCGGUGUUUUGAAAGUUGUUAUGACACCUGAGGAAGAUAUUGACCCUACACAAUUGCCACCUAAAGUGAGUAUGACAAUUGUUGAAACCUCAACGUUGACCGAAACAGAGCGUGAGGAUACGACAUCGCGCGGCGAUGAAUUGAAUCUCACACCUGCCGAUGCCAAGCGAAGUCGUAAGAAAAAGAAAAGAAAGGAAGAUGUCGAACCUGAAUUUGAGCAAAGUGAAGAAGAACCUAAGGUUGAGAAAUCUGAGGUGCCUGUGUCUAGAAUUUCAGUGUCCGAAAUCGACAUUGAAUCUCCUCGUGAAACUGGCUAUGAAGCCGAUGACGUAUCUCUUUAUGAUUAUGAGAAUGAAGAUUUUAGAAAGAUGCGACAUAAGCGAAAGAAGCAAAGAUCAAGAAUACCUGAAGAUGCAGAGUCUCAUGUGCCAUCAUCAGAAGCAACACCACGUGAUAUUGAUACACCCAGUUUGGAAUCAGAAGGUAAAGUUAAGCAGGAGGUGAUUGCCGAGAUUAGCCCAGAAAGUGAAGCGACCAGCAUUGAAGUAGAUACUUCAGUGAAGGUUGUGGAGGAAGCGGUUGUAUCGCCAGAUUCUGAUUCACCACGUGCACCGCUUACGGAGCUAGUAAUUCCUACCGAGGUAAUAGAAAUUUCCUACGUAGAAGAUGAACAGCAACAAACCACGCCUCGUGAAGAACCGUCUGCACCGAGCUAUGAAGAACCCGUCAAAGAGAUCAAAUCAUCUCAGACAUCUCCCGAACAUAAGCCCAAACAAGAAGAAAUAUCCUUGCAGACAAGCAUUGACGUUGUACCAGAAAGUCAAGAGACUGAGGCGCAGACUAUCACAGUUGAAAUAACGGAUACUGAGAUGCAAACAACACCACGUUCUGAGGAGCUAGUUACACCAAUAGCUCUUGAGCCAAAACAAACUGAGGAAGAAGAAGUACAAACUGAGGCACCUUAUUCAGAACCUUUGCCGCAAGUAGAAGUACCCGCUAAGCCAGAAACCACAGAAAUAUCAAGCCAAACAAUUGUGGUUACCACCAUUGAAAAGGAACUACAAACUACACCUAAAGAGUCACCGCGCUCACCUGAGGCAAGUACCAGCGAUGUCGUUCAACCUUUAGUACAUGAGCUGGUCAAAGAUUUGACUACAGAUUUACCAACUGAAAAGGUUGAAAAAUCUGACCAAGCUAUUGGCACAGAUUACACAGUCACUCAUGAGACUUACGUACAAACUCUCACCCCGGAACCGGUGGAUUAUGUUCAACCUGCAAGCACACCUGAGCCGGUAAUUGAAGAAUUCAUAGAACCAGUACAAGUGGUUAAAGCACCUGCAGAGCAACGUGAUCAGCACACAACCACCUUUGAGUUGACUCAACUUGUAGACUCAACAUCACAGACUACACCACGUGAUGAACCUCAACCAGUAGAACAGCCUGUUUCUUUAGAACCUGUUACACUAACAGAAGAUAUUUCAUCAACAUUGACUUCCUUAUCUGAGCCGUACAAUAUUGAAAUUCAAACUUCAGUGGCAAUACCGGCAGAUACGGACAACUCAGAGAUUGACCCGAUUGUAUAUGAGCAUACACAAACAAUUGAACUGCCCAAACGGGAUAAAAAGAAAAAGGAUAAGAAAAAGAAGAAACAUACCGCUGAAGAAAAGCCAGACGAAGAUGAGUCUAUUGCUGAGCAGUUACCAGAGGUCAAUGUGAAUAUCGAAAUAGCAAAGGACAUUGUACCUGAAGCAGGUGUGGUUGUAACUACUAGUCAGCAAGUGUCAGAUGAUACCGGUUCACGAACUAUGGAAAAGAAACCACAAUUGGUGCAACUGCAAAUCACUAAAACGACGGUUUAUGAGGAAUUCCCUGAUUUGCCGCUACAGGUCAGUGAGCAAAGUAAGGUGAACCUUACCAGUCAGCAAGGUAGCAAACCACGUUCCAGACCAACUUCAUCCGUCAUGAUUGAGGAAGUGAGCUCACCAACAGAAGAGAUUGUUGUGCCACUAACACCAGGUCCCGAUAAAGAUAUACCAGAAAGUGCCACUGAAAGCAUUUGGUUAGCGGCAACAACAGCAGUUGGUAUUGACAAGACACCUAAGGAUGCCUCACAGGCAAUGAUUAUGUCUGAAAGUCUACAACACUAUCCUGGAUCACAAGUCAAACCAAAGGCUGUGGAUGUUUGGGCUGAAACGAAGCAAGUCAUCGGUGGACGCAUUAGAUCAUUGAAAGAGUCUACACCUGAGCAUAAACCAUUAAGCAAUGUAUUGCAUUUAGCUACCCUAUCCGACAAGAUAACGGAUAUGCCUGUGGAAGUACGUGCGCAGGAAGUCAAUCAAGGCUUGCACGAUUUGGAGGUAGCUGUAAAGCAAGGUGAUCGCACCGUCAUUGAAACUACAGUCAUAACCGUUAUUGAAAAAGUCUCAACAUGGCUCGAAACCGUUGAGUAUCGCGUAUACUUAAUCAGACAAAACUCUGAUGAAGGUCCUUCCGAGCAGAAGUUGGACGAUUAUAAUCAGUUGAACGAUGAACUCGGCACCAUUAAGUCGAAUGUCAGCACACUCGAAAACCACUUGGAGAAAGCUGACCACUUAACUGGGCCUGAGGUGCAGCAGUGUGUUGAUGCGCUAAAGGAGCAUGUCAAUGCAGUGGAAGAAGUGACCAAAGACAACCAGGCACAAGAUACUAAAGAGCUGAAUAAGUGGAAUAAUUUUGUCGUAUUGAUACAUCGCACCACCAACAUUUUGGAAGAACUUCAAGAACGUUACGACACCAUUGUGUCGCAAGACAUAACACUGAAUGGAAAAUUGCGCAGCCUCGAUGAAUUGGAGGCACAAAACAGAGACGUACAAGCUAGUAUCGCAGAGCUCACACAAAGUGCGCGCGCAUUCCAACGUAACUUCCCCGGCAAAAAGGUGCCGCAAGACAUCUACAAUUCCUAUGAAGUUUGUAAAAACAUUGAAAACAACAUACAGGCUGAACGCGAUCGCUUGCUGCAGUUGCAGUCACUAGCCGAAGAGUAUGAGCAAACACUCAAGGAAUUCACCAACAUCACUGUGCUGGCCGAUAAGAUGGUCGAAAGUCCAAUUAUAUCCAGCACAUUGGAACAACUCAACAAUGAAGUGCAGAAACAUCGCAAAUUCUUUGUAAACCUCAGCCAUUGCCGUGCCAUGUUGGAGUCACUGGAAGAGAAUAUCGAUACCGAGACGAGAGAGAAGCACGCGGAGUUGCACAAAGAACUCUAUAAUCGCGCAACCGUGCUUUUGGAAAAGGCUUCGGAACGUUCAUCGAAAUUAGUGCAAGCUGCUUCACGCUGGACGGUAUUAGAGAAGGGCAUGAAGGAUGAAUUGCAAUGGUUACAUGUGGCACAGCAGCGUGUGCCCGAUUUGUCUGCUGUCACUUCUGCAGACUACGACCAAUACACAACGCUAUAUCAGUCCAUCAGCAGCGACAUCUCGAAUCACUACUUGAAAAUGACACAACUCUCAAAUAUUUCCAAUAAACUGCAAGAUCUCGUGCAGGCGCCCAAUCUAGUCGAAGAGACAAACGAAGCCCUCAUUGUACUGCUGAAAUUGCGUGAAGAAGUCUCUCUCUACCUGCAUCGUCUGCUCGUCUUUAAAGAAAUUUGGGCACAGUAUGAAAAUCAAACCGAUAAAAUGGAGACUUUCGUACGCGAAGCUGAGAAGGAAUUGCGCAACAUACAUAUACCUGAAGAUCCACUAGAGCAGCCAAUUGAACAUAUGCGUCAGUUUUGGGAGAUGAAGGCACACUUUGAAAUGCACAAUAACAUACGUAAUCUAGCGGGUCAUAGUUUCGAAAAGGCACUGCAAGUCAUACCGCUCGCCGACGAAAUGCUACAGCGACAAUUCCAUGCACAACUCGAAGAUCGUUGCCAAAACAUAGCCGCCUCUAUUGAGCGUAUACAGAAUAAUAUUGUGAAUAGCCUGGCCUCGCAAGACGUCCCACCCGAAGAGAAACUGAAAUUGGUCGAACGUGAGUUGCAAGAAAUCUAUCUGACAAUGACCAGCAUUAAGGGUGUAAUCAAGAAUGAGGAAGAGCUCUGUCUCUACAUUGAGCGCAUACAAGUGCUACGUACGCGUGUUGGUUUCAUUGGCAAUGAAUUGGGACGCAUCGGUCUGCAAGAACCAUCCGUCGAACCGGAAAAGGUGGGCGAACUCUUCGCGCUCUCGCACAAGAUCAACACGCAAAUUGCGGAAGAACUCGAAGGCGCCUCCGUGUUGCGCGAACAAUUGCGCGCCAUACAAGAGGGCAUACAAAAUCUGCGCAAACAUCAAACAAAACUCUCGGUCAUAUUGGACGAAUGCGAAAGCGCUGAGAAACUGAGCAGCGAAGCCAUUGAAAAGGCGGUAAUCGAUUGUCAAGCAGUUGGUGAAGAUCUCAUCGGUAAUUGGCAAGAAAUCAUGCGUAUACGACAAAUGUUGCAUACGUUGCCGAUGCGCUUGAAGAUGUCGGUGUCGCCUGUGAAAUUGGAGCGUGACAUCUCGCAGCUGCAAGACGAUCACGCCUUCUUGGAGAGCAAAUGCACGAACAUACUGGCAAUAUUGAGAAAUCGUUUGGCGCUUUGGUUGCGUUAUGAGCGCCAGCUGGAGUUGGUGCACGAUUCCGUGCAGGAGACUGACUUUAUGAUGGAAUUGCUCAAGGUGCACGGGCAGGUUGACUACGAACGGCUGCGCAAGGCCACUGAGCGGCUAGAGGGUCUUGCUGGUGAUUUGCAAAAUCGUGAAACACUCUUGGAUGACUUAAAAACAUCGGCUAAGCCUCUUAUCGAAACAUGCGAUGUGCAAAUUGUCGAACAGAUCGAGUCGGCUGUGCAGGAUGCGGUUGUAGCUUGGAAUGAUACGUCGGAUAAUUUGCUACAAUUGUGUACGCGUUAUCAACGCGCUGUCGAGCUUUGGGAGAAAUAUCGCAACGCCUCGGCGGCCAUACGCAAUUACGUAGAACAGCAAAUGGAUACGGUGCAGAGUUUGGAACAGCCGCGGGAGACGCUGCAAAGUGCUAAGAUCUGCCAGGAUAAUUUGAACUCGCAAACGGAUCGUUUGUCGGAGCUGCGCGAUAUCGUUACGAAAAUAGCCGCCGAUAUUGGUUUGGAUGCCUCCGGCCUCAUGCAAGGCGAAUUGGAUGCGUUAGGCCAACGUUUGCAAGACUGCAAGGAGGCCAUUACCACAUUGGCCAAUGUGGCCGAAGCCAAGGAUAAAGAACGCAAGGCCAUCGACGAGAAUGUACAGCAAACAAAAGCGUACUUGAACAAUGUACAGAAGGACGUCGAUCGCCAAGCGCAGGUCACCGCCACUGGUGUGCCUAGCGAGGAGCAGCUAACGGCAUUGCGCACCCACUUGCAAACACUGGCUCGUACCGAGGAAGAGCUGAAGCAGCUGCGUGAACGAAAUAUUGAGAAUACGACGACUGAACGUGGAAAUCUGACCGAUGAUGAUAACACCAUCAUCGAGGUGCUGGAAUUAUGGCAGAAGAUAUUCCAAGAUACCUUCCAAGAGUAUCAUCGCCUCUCCACACGUUUGCUGCGCAGUCAGAACAGCGCUGAGGCAUUGAAGUUGUGGCGUCAAUACUUGCAGCACGUGCAACAAUUCCUCGCCUGCAACAUACCUGAAGACUACACAAGUCUCAAGGAGCAGCAGCAUCUGUGUGAGAUACAUCAAAAUCUGCUUAUCUCACAGCAAAAUGUGCUCGCCACACACACGGAAGCCGAACAACAACUCGAACCGGCACUCGCUGAACAAUUCAAAGUGUUGACGAACAUGCAUAACGAGACGCUGUCGCGUAUUAUGCAACGCAAUAAUGAGCUGGAGGCGCGCAUGACUGCUUGGAACACGUAUCGCGCUGAUUUGGCGGCGCUGCUCGAGUGGUUGAAGGAACGCGAGAAGGAGCGCACACGCUUGCAACUGCGUUACAUACACCUAAAGCGCGUGCCACGUCUCAAGCAGCGGCUGGAUGAGUUACUACAACAGUUGCCAGCCGGAGAAGCAAUGUUGACGCAGUUGAAGGAGCAGCAAACUGGUUUGUUGCGGUUCUGCGAUGAUGCGCUCGCCACCUCCAUACGCAUGGAACAGUCAAGUGUGGCACAACGCAUUAACAACUUGAAGGCCGCACUCGAAACAUGGAAUAGCUUCCUGUUGAAAAUCUCACAGCUGGCGGGCGCUUACGAGCAACGUACCGCUCAGCUAGAUACCGAGUUCGACAAAGUGCAACAGCUGGUAAACAAAACAAAUGCGCUGUUACCCACCAGUGCCAGUGAUAUACAGGAUUGUCUGAGUAAACUGCGUGCGCAGCAAGUACAUCUCUCGACGCUCACGCAAGAUCUUGAAGCGCUCAAUGUCACACAAGAGGAACUCAAGGAAUGUAUUAGCCCGCACGAUAUGAAGGCCAUAAGACAGAAGAUUUGGCUACACUGGCAGCAGCACGCUGAUCUCGAAUACCAACUCACGACUUUGAUAAACAUCAUCGAGGAGCGCUUGUCUUUGCAUGCGCUCUUCAAUACACGCUACGAGCGUUUGGCGCACUGGUUGAGUGGUCUGGAACACCGCGUUGAGCGUGAUUCAGAUAUUUCAGCUAUUGCGAACCCCGAAGACGCAGCACGUCAGCUGGAUAAACAAAUCACCGCUGAGCUGCAACUGCGCGAAAAGGACCGCGAAUGGCUGUUAUCUACGGGACGCGAGCUUAUCUCACUCUACACAGACAAUUCGCGCAAUGCAGAGGCCAUACGUCAUGAGGUGCAAGAGAAAUCAGAUAUGCUAAUCGAUCGUUGGGAACGGCUGAAGUACCUGAGCAAGCAGCGCGCUAACAAGAUUGGCGAUUUGAAGAUGACACUGCUGCGCCUGGAGGAACGCAUUGCCUUAAUACGUGCCUGGAUGUUCGAAGUGGAGACCGAAUUGGAUAAACCACUCACUUUCGACUCGUACACACCACCGGUUAUAGAGGCGAAACUCAAAGAGCAUGAGAAGAUACAACGCUCCAUUGAGAAUCAUAGCAGCAAUGUUGGUGAAGUGUUGAAUUUGGUUGAAAUGCUGCUAAAUGACGCGGAUACCUGGCGCUCGCAUGUGAAUACCUCGAAUCUUGGUGUAUCUGCGCAGAAUCUCGAGAAACGCUGGAAGAAUGUUUGUCAGCAAUCCGCCGAACGUAAGCAACGCAUACUUACAACAUGGAAUUUGUUGCAACAAUUGAUCAAAUUCACCACUGAGUACAAAACAUGGCUAAGCAAACAGGAGACAGACAUUGCUAACUACGAACGCGACCUUUCUACGUUGUCGAAGGAGGAAGCGGCUGCACGCCAAAAAGUUGUCGAAACUAAGCUGCGUGAACUAGAAGCACAAGAGGCGCCACUCAACCAAUUGGCGCAAACUUAUGCCAAACUGAUGAUGAGCGCAGGUGUUGAUCCCGAGAAUAUACAGAGUCUUACCAUGCCUACGAAAGUAAUGUUGGCGAAGUGGCGUCAACUCGGACCACGUUGUCAUGCCGUUAUCGAUGUCAUUGACAAAGAUGUCAAAUUGCGACGCGAUUUCGAGAAGGCACAACAGGAGGCUAUAAAUGCGUUGACCGGCAUACAAAGUGAACUGGACCGUUUGCAGAAACAACAGCCAAGCACACCCGCCGAAGCACAAGCUGCUGUGAAACGUAUCGAAAACUUGGAAGGCAAGCUGAAACAAGCUGGCGAAAAAGUGGAAAGCGCUGACAAAUUGGCGGCCGAAACCAAAAAUAAGGCGAAACAAGACGAACUGACGCGCAUCAUAACGCUCAUCACGCAAUACACCACCAUUUGGCGUGAGUUACAAACGCGCAUAGUCACAAUCAAAACCGAAUGGCUCGCCAAGGCGGCCGCCGCCGCUACCGGUGUUGCCGGCGCUGUUGCAGAGGCAGCCAUCACUGCGACACACGCAUCCGAAGCCGAUGCCGGCGUGCAAGUGAACACUUUGUCACAACGCAAGCUGCGCAAGGCGCAAAUGCAACGCGAAACCUCGAUCACCGCCAAAGAUGCCUACAUCAUGGAGCUGGAGACAGCGAUCAAGGAAUGCCAAACGAAUCUCGAUGAGCUGAAGCGCACCAUUUGCGACAAGACACGCAAACCGGGUCCGCAAAAGAUGUCCAAGCUGAUUGGCAAUGCACAAUCGUCCACCGAACUAGUUAAGCAUUUAAGUCAGCUGUUGUUGAGCGAAUGCCAGGCGAGCGCCGACGAGGCGCAAGUGGAGACAGUGGCAGAGCUGGCGCUGCGUUUCGAAACAUUGCUGUCGCAAUGGAAGACGCGCCAACAGCAAGAUCAAAAAGCUAGAAGUGCGCUUCCCGCUGCAUACAAAUUGACCUGUCCACAUGAGGUCGGACGCCUGACGUGCCCGCUUUGUACACAACGCAAUUGGCAGCAGAUCGACAACGAUCUUUGGCGUCUCGAGCAAUGGCUGCAAUUUGCCGAAGGCACGCAGAAGGCUCAAACCACACCGCCGUCGAAUAUUGAACUGCUCGAGGAUGUAGUGCAAGAUCAUCGCGAAUUCCUGCUCGAUCUCGAGAGUCACAAAUCGAUUGUGAUGAGCCUGAAUGUAGUCGGCGAUCAUUUGGCCACACACACAUUGGACACGGACAAGGCGCGUCAAUUGCGCGAUCGCCUCGAAGCCGAUAAUCAACGCUGGAAUGCUGUUUGUAUGGUUGCUGCCAAAUGGCAGGGUCUCUUACAAACAGCACUCAUGGGCAAUAGCGAAUUCCAUCAGAUAAUCGAUGAACUGUGCGCAUGGUUGCAGCAAACCGAACAGAAUAUCAAGUCAUCCGAACCGGUGGAUUUGACUGAGGAGCGUAGUGUGUUGGAGGCGAAAUUCCGUAAAUUCAAAGAGUUGCGCGCCGAAUUGGAACGUUGCGAACCGCGUGUUGUGAGCUUGCAAGAUGCUGCCGACCAGCUGUUGAAGUCCGUGGACGAAACGAGCGCCGAGUCAUCACACACCUAUGCAAGAACCCUUUCCAGGCUGACCGAUCUGCGCUUGCGUUUACAAUCGUUGCGACGCCUGUCCGGCAUCUACAUCGUGAAGUUGGGCGCGGUGCUCGGCUAUGAUGGUGAUAAUAUGGGCGUGUCGCUGCAUAUGUUGUCGAAUGAGCUUUUGGAUCAAACUACAUUACCCUCUACAUCUUCUUCCAUGCAGGCAGCCGCACCAUACACUGAUAAUGCAAACGGCACCACCGGCACCGAUGCCGAUGCUGUCGAUGGCGAUGCCAUCAACACCACCGUACUUGCGCGCGGUGCACGCUUCCUCGGACGGGUUGCACGUGCCUCGCUGCCCAUACAAGCGCUCAUGUUGCUGUUGUUGGGUGUUGCCACACUUGUGCCCCACGGUGAAGACUACACCUGCAUGUUCUCGAACUCGUUUGCGCGCAGCCUAGAACCGAUGUUGUCAUACCCGAAUGGACCGCCACCGACGUAAUAGUGGGUGGUUGUCGCAAACCAAAACAAACACACACAGAAAAAACAAUUAAAUUAAACGAACAAACAGUAGUAUAUAAGAAAAACGAAUAUAAAUAAUAUAUAUAAAUAUAUAUAUAUAUAUAAUAUAUGUGUAUGUAAGAAAAGCGAGAUUUGUAAAUGUGUAGGAAUUGUGUACAAGAUUGUACAUUGUUAAAAAGAAAAGUUGCAGUUGGAAAAUUAAGGAAAAGAAGGGGAGUGUUUUGUACGCUUGCGUGAAAUUGCACAAGAAAGAAAAAUAAGAAAAGAAAGGAAGAAAAAAAAUAAGCAUAAAGUCGUGUAUAUGCCUUGCUUGUAAUUGUAUGUACAAUAAACUAUAAACAAAUACUGAUUGCUAUAAAUUUGUACAGCACUUAGUGCAACAUAAUGAAUUCAAAUACUUGCCGUACGAAGUUUCCCAGGUAGUUUGUACAUUUUGAUAGGCAUUAGAUAGCGCUUUGGAAUAAUUGACGAAACGAAACCGAAGUUUUGGAAAACAGUAAGUUAAACAAAAUGACGGCGAAUGAAUAAUGAAUCUAGUGUAAUACAAAAACAAAAACAAAAAAAAAAACAAAAAAUGUAAGAAAAGCUAGCAUAACAGUUAUAAUAACGGUUAUAAUAUUGGUUAUAAAAGCGGUUAUAAUAACAAGUUAAAGCAAGCACAACAAAGUGCAGCAACUUAUGUGAAAUUUUAGUAUUUAAGCUUGACAUAAAAACAAAAACUUACAGCAAAAACAAAAAACAAAUUACGAUACGCACAUAGAACACGAAAAAUUAUAGUAAAACAAAUUUUUGAUAUUUUCCGUACACGAAAAAGGACUAUUUGGCUGACGCAAAAUAACAACAAACAACAACAAGCAUGCCGUGUGCUAAGCGAAUUUCGUGGAACAUUUUUGCUUGACGCACGACAUGGCGCAAGCACGGCAAAACAUAACAUAACGAAAAUGCCAAACAACAACAACAAACAAGUAGAAAACCGAAAUCCUGAAAGAAUUACAACAAAACUCUCCAAAAAUUUAAAUUUUCUCAAAGCCACAUAAAGAAAAUUGCACGAACAACUUUCAAAAUCGAAAAAAUUCAAAAUCCAUGACCCAAACUAAUUUAUUGAAAACUGACAAACGCGCACAUUUUUGCAUGACCGCAUCUCCCAAAACACAGCGGCUGUGUCAAAACUGCGUGCAUUUGCUUUUUCGUAAAACAAAACAACAACAAAGUCAAUGUAACGUCACCCUUUAGCGCACACAAGCGCGCAUGCGCACAAAUCUCUCCAACGUGCGCAUGUUGGUUGGUCGCAAAAUUGACAAAAACAAGUACUGAAGCACGAUUAAUUUCGCAAAUCACAUCGAAAACAUUCCCAAACAGGCAUUACCAUAGUUAGUUUUUGCUAAACGCAACAUUUACUUUAUUUUCCAAAACUUAUAGUAAUUUUUUAGUAGUUAAAAAUCGAUAAAUGUUGUUGUUGUUGGCAUUUAUGUUAAUAUGUGUGGCGCAGUUGUUGUUGGAAAAUGAAACUAAACGAAAGCAGCAAGUGUCCUCAAUUGGUGCUACACCAAAUUUCAUUGAAGUAAAUUCCUUUUGGCUAAAAAAAGAAAAGAAAAAAAAACUAAAUGGAAAAAACUGCAAAACAAAACGAACGAAGUGAAAUAUUAUUAUUAUUAUUAUUUAAAUGAGAUUAGUGAAGGCAAACAAGCGAGUUGCAAAAUAAGCAACCAAAUAAAAAAAAAAUGAAAUUAUAAAAAAAAAGAAAAUAAAAAUCGUUAAGCCUAAAACUAGCACACGUUUGCCAGAAUCCAUCCAUACACACUGACAUUGUUGUAGUGUGUAUUCUAAUAUAUAUUUUGUUUACUUUUAUUAACUUUGGUAUGAAAUUUACGCUUUAUCUAUGCUUUUCCUAUGUGUACCUAAAACGCAUUAUGCAAACUUAUCGUUAAAAAACUAUUUAUUCAUUUCGCUAUGGAUUCGCAUAACAUACAUACAUAAACAUACAUAUGUGUAUGCUUACGAUAUUAUUAAUAAUUGUUUAAACGCUUAUGGCUUUGUUAAAUUUUCCGUAUUUUUAUACAACUACACUUAAAAAAAAAUUAUUAUAUUAUUGUAAAUUUAUUUAAAAAAAAGUUUAUUUUAAUAAAAAGAUUUUUUUUUUUACUUUAAGUAAACGAAAUGACCAUUACACGACGGAAACUGAAAAAGUAAAUACAGAAAUACAAAAAAAA